GCCUGCAGGUGGUACUCAAGUCCAUCAUGAAGGCUAUGAUCCCCCUGCUGCAGAUCGGACUGCUUCUCUUUGUGGCCAUUCUGAUGUUCGCCAUCAUCGGCCUUGAGUUCUACAUGGGAAAGUUCCACACCACCUGUUUCGACAUCGCCACUGGUAAGAUCCAUGGGCCUUGUCUUUAAUCAACUACCAGCGACCUAGCACCUACCCCUAGACCCCCAAGCUUUGUCUUUAAUCAACUACCAGCAACCAAGCACCUACUCCUAGACCCCCAAGCCUUGUCUUUAAUCAACUACCAGCGACCAAGCACCUACCCCUAGACCCCCAAGCCUUGUCUUUAAUCAACUACCAGCGACCAAGCACCUACUCCUAGACCCCCAAGCCUUGUCUUUAAUCAACUACCAGCGACCAAGCACCUACCCCUAGACCCCCAAGCUUUGUCUUUAAUCAACUACCAGCGACCAAGCACCUACCCCUAGACCCCCAAGCUUUGUCUUUAAUCAACUACCAGCGACCAAGCACUUACUCCUAGACCCACAAGCCUUGUCUUUAAUCAACUACCAGCGACCAAGCACCUACCCCUAGACCCCCAAGCCGUGUCUUUAAUCAACUACCAGCGACCAAGCACCUACCCCUAGAUCCCCAAGCUUUGUCUUUAAUCAACUACCAGCGACCUAGCACCUACUCCUAGACCCCCAAGCUUUGUCUUUAAUCAACUCCUAGCGUCCUAGCACCUACUACUAGACCUCCAAGACAUGUUUUAAAUUAACUCCUAGCGACCUAGCACCUACUCCUAGACCCCCAAGCCCUGUCUUAAAUAAACUCCUAAUUUACAUUUACAUUUACGUCAUUUAGCAGACGCUCUUAUCCAGAGCGACUUACAGUUAGUGAAUACAUAUUUUUUUAUACUGGCCCCCCGUGGGAAUCAAACCCGCAACCCUGGCGUUGCAAACGCCAUGCUCUAUCAACUGAGCUACAUCCCUGCCGGCCAUUCCCUAAUGACCUAGCACCUACCCUUAGAUCCAAAUAAAGUCAUUGCACCGAACCCUAGACCCACAGGCCCAGUCCCAACUCAACCCCUACCCCUAGACAUUUACCUACCCCUAGACCCACAGGCCCAGUCCCAACUCAACCACUACCCCUAGACCACAGGCCCAGUCCCUACUCAACCCCCUACCCCUAGACACUUUCCUAGACCCACAGGCCCAGUCCCACCUCAACCCCUACCCCUAGACACUUCAGUAGACCCACAGGCCCAGUCCCAACUCAACCCCUACCCCUAGACACUUCCCUAGACCCACAGGCCCAGUCCCAACUCAACCACUACCCAUAGACACUUCCCUAGACCCACAGGCCCAGUCCCAACUCAACCCCUACCCCUAGACACUCCCUACCCCUUGACCCACAGGCCCAGGCCCAGUCCCAACUUAACCCCUACCUCUAGACACUUCCCUAGACCCACAGGCCCAGUCCCAACUCAAUCCCUACCCCUAGACACUUCCCUAGACCCACAGGCCCAGGCCCAGUCCCAACUCAACCCCUACCCCUAGACACAUCCCUAGACCCACAGGCCCAGGCCCAGUCCCAACUCAACCCCCUACCCCUAGACACUUCCCUAGACCCACAGGCCCAGUCCCAGUCCCAACUCAACCCAUACCCAUAGACACUUCCCUAGACCCACAGGCCCAGUCCCAACUCAACCCCUACCCCUAGACACUCCCUACCCCUUGACCCACAGGCCCAGGACCAGUCCCAACUUAACCCCUACCCAUAGACACUUCCCUAGACCCACAGGCCCAGUCCCAACUCAACCCCUACCCCUAGACACUCCCUACCCCUUGACCCACAGGCCCAGGCCCAGUCCCAACUUAACCCCUACCCCUAGACACUCCCUACCCCUUGACCCACAGGCCCAGUCCCAACUCAACCCCUACCCCUAGACACUCCCUACCCCUUGACCCACAGGUCCAGUCCCAACUCAACCCCUACCCCUAGACACUACAAGGAAGACAUUCAGACACAGCCCAUCUCCUGUCCUUUAGUCAUAUCCCUUCAAUUAUUUUACUGAACCACCUCUUCCCUAUUUUCUUAUGCUGACUUCAACUCUAAUCAGUCUCAUCUCUCUCCCUCUCUUUUUCUCCCUAUUCUCUCACCUCCCUUCUUCUCUCUCCCCCCUCCCCUCUCUCCCCUCUCUCCCCUCCCUCCCCCCCUCUCCCCUCCCUCCCCCUCUGUCCCCUCCCUCCCCCUCUCUCCCCUCUCUCCCCUCUCUCCCCUCCCUCCCCCUCUCUCUCCUCGCUCCCCUUCUUCUCUCUCCCCCCUCCCCUCUCUCCCCUCUCUCCCCUCCCUCCCCCUCUCUCCCCUCCCUCUCCUCUAUAGAUGAGAUUUAUGAUGAGUUGCCAUGCGGUACAGAGUUACCGUCCAGAUUGUGUCCUAAUGGGACCACGUGUAAAGGCUAUUGGCUGGGGCCCAACUAUGGGAUCACCCAAUUCGACAACAUUCUCUUUGCUGUCCUCACUGUAUUCCAAUGUAUCACCAUGGAGGGAUGGACCGACAUGUUAUACUAUGUGAGUAUAUAGGGGUGUGUGUGGGGUGGAGCUGUGUGUGUGUGGGUAGUUGUUGUGUGUGUGUGUUUGAGGGGAGGUUGAAGUUUGUGUGUGUGUGUUUGUGUCCUCACUGUAUUCCAAUGUAUCACCAUGGAAUGAUGGGCCGACAUGUUAUGCUACAGUAUGUGCUGUAAGUGGUUUAAUUGUAAAUACUAUUCCUUGUAAAAAUAUACAGUACAGGGAACGCUAUGGUCUGCUAAUGUAAUACAUUAGCUUACCGAUUUCCACACAAUGUAUAAUUCAUUGGCAACACAUCUAGACACAAUGAAUAAUUUACAGUCCACAUCCUAUUCUAUUCCAUUCUUUCCAAAUUUUGGGGAAAACACACGCUAGUGUUAUGCAAGAAGUAUAGAAAUGUGAAGGACUGGUAUUUGUGGAAUGGAACCACUUUUAGAUGCGCAUUUAAUACAUUUUUCAGCUCUGUUUGUUUGAUCUCAUGUCUGUCUGUCUGUCUGACUAACCUCCAGUAUGUCUGUCUGUAUGUCUGUCUGUCUGUCUGUCUGUCUGUCUGUCUGUCUGUCUGUCUGUCUGUCUGUCUGUCUGUCUGUCUGUCUGACUAACCUCCUGUAUGUCUGUCUGUCUGACUAACCUCCUACCUACCUGCCUGUCUGUCUGUCUGUCUGUCUGUCUGUCUGUCUGUCUGUCUGUCUGUCUGUCUGACUAACCUCCUGUCUGUCUGACUAACCUCCUGUCUGUCUGUUUGUCUGUCUGACUAACCUCCUGUCUGUCUGUUUGACUAAUCUCCUGUCUGUCUGUAUGUCUGUCUGACUAACCUCCUGUCUGUCUGUCUGUCUGUCUGACUGACUAACCUCCUGUCUGUCAGUCUGUCUGUCUGUCUGACUAACCUCCUGUCUGUGUCUGUCUGUCUGUCUGUCUGUCUGUCUGUCUGUCUGUCUGUCUGUCUGUCUGUCUGACUAGCCUCCUGCCUGUCUGUCUGUCUGACUAACCUCCUGUCUGUCUGUCUGACUAACCUCCUGUAUGUCUGUCUGACUAACCUCCUGUCUAUCUGUCUGUCUGUUUGACUAACCUCCUGUCUGUCUGUCUGUCUGUCUGUCUGUCUGUCGGUCUGUCUGACUAACCUCCUGUAUGUCUGUCUGUCUGACUAACCUCCUGUCUGUCUGUCUGUCUGACUAACCUCCUGUCUCUGUCUGUCUGACUGUCUGACUAACCUUCUGUCUGUCUGUCUGUCAUUCUGACUAUCCUCCUGUCUCUGUCUGUCUGUCUGACUAACCUCCUGUCUCUGUCUGUCUGUCUGACUGACUGUCUGACUAACCUUUUGUCUGUCUGUCUGUCAUUCUGACUAACCUCCUGUCUCUGUCUGUCUGUCUGACUAAACUCCUGUUUGUCUGUCUGUCUGUCUGCCUGUCUGUCUGUCUCUCUGUCAGACUUUCCAGAGUAAUGAUGUAUGUCUGUCUGUCUCUCCAUAUUAAUUAUGUCUGUCUCUCCAGAGUAAUGAUGUCUGUCUGUCUCUCCAGAGUAAUGAUGUCUGUCUGUCUGUGUCUCCAGAGUAAUGAUGUCUGUCUGUCUGUGUCUCCAGAGUAAUGAUGUCUAUCUGUCUGUCUCUCCAGAUUAAUGAUGUCUGUCUGUCUGUCUCUCCAGAGUAAUGAUGUAUAUCUGUCUGUCUCUCCAGAGUAAUGAUGUAUGUCUGUCUGUCUCUCCAGAGUAAUGAUGUCUGUCUGUCUGUGUCUCCAGAGUAAUGAUGUCUAUCUGUCUGUCUCUCCAGAGUAAUGAUGUAUAUCUGUCUGUCUCUCCAGAGUAAUGAUGUCUAUCUGUCUGUCUCUCCAGAGUAAUGAUGUCAAUCUGUCUGUCUCUCCAGAGUAAUGAUGUAUAUCUGUCUGUCUCUCCAGAGUAAUGAUGUAUAUCUGUCUGUCUCUCCAGAGUAAUGAUGUCUAUCUGUCUGUCUCUCCAGAGUAAUGAUGUCUAUCUGUCUGUCUCUCCAGAGUAAUGAUGUCUAUCUGUCUGUCUCUCCAGAGUAAUGAUGUCUAUCUGUCUGUCUCCAGAGUAAUGCUGUCUAUCUGUCUGUCUCCAGAGUAAUGAUGUCUAUCUGUCUGUCUCCAGAGUAAUGCUGUCUAUCUGUCUGUCUCCAGAGUAAUGAUGUAUAUCUGUCUGUCUCUCCAGAGUAAUGAUGUCUAUCUGUCUGUCUCCAGAGUAAUGAUGUAUAUCUGUCUGUCUCUCCAGAGUAAUGCUGUCUAUCUGUCUGUCUCCAGAGUAAUGAUGUCUAUCUGUCUGUCUCCAGAGUAAUGAUGUAGAGGGAAGUGCCUGGAACUGGAUGUACUAUAUCCCCCUCAUUAUCAUCGGGUCCUUCUUCAUGUUAAAUCUGGUGCUGGGCGUCCUCUCAGGGUACGUAUAGUACACACACCUGUGUGUGUGUGUGUGUGUGCAUGCGUGGGCACGUGCGUGUUUAACUGAUCCAUUCACAACUUUCCUUCCUCAAUACUCCCUUCUCCACCCCUCUCUAAACACAGUCUCUCAGGUCCUAGACUGACAGUUUUCUAAGAGUUAUCCUAAAAGUAUUUAAGAGUUAGCCCAAGAGUCCAUCAGUUUAAGCUGUAAGGCCAAAAAUAAUUGUUCAUCACAUAUUUGUAUUAUAGAUUUUGUUGAUACUUCAAGGGGUCUUACAAUUGCAAAUCAAAAAGCUAAAUGUUCCUUGGUAUGACCUUCUUAAUUAAAACAAUUCCAUAUAGCUUAGUAAACCCCCCCUCCCCCCCAGACAGGGCUUAGACUGUUAUGGUUUAAGAGUUAUCCUAAGAGUCUUUACGAGUUAUCCCAAUAGUCUUUAAGAGUUAUCCUGAGAGUAUUUUAGAGUUACCCAGUUAUACUACAUCUUUAACAGCGUUAAACACUUAUCCUAACAGAUAUCCUGUAUAGAAGGGUCUUUAAUGCAUAUAAACACGACCUCACAACUUCUAGAUUGACGUUUUUCUAAGUGAUCCUAAGAAUAUUUUAACACUAAUCCUAAAUCUGUAACAUCAACCCUAUUCAGCUGAGCUCAGGGCGAUGUUAUUAAAUUAUUAGAUUAUGAUUAAGUUAUUAUCAGGCGUCUCUCCGAGAGGAGUGUGUGUGUUGGUUAACCUGCUAAUCUGACAGGCAUUUUCAACGGAGCUCACCCCUCAACCUCAAUCCCCUUACACUGACUGGACUCUGCUAAUCUGGGUUAGCCCCGAAUCCACUGACACACAGUGGAAGGGAAGACACGCAUACACUGUAGAGACACACACACACACACAUGCAUUUAUUGCGCCUGCGCGUCAGGGAGUCUUGGAAGAGUUUGGUAAUCCAUGGAUGCCGAUUUAUGGAACUCUUCAGAAAAGGGGAGAGCUGUUCAUUCACAUGUGACUAGAGAUUUAGACAGAGUAUUUUACCUGCUCUGUGUGUGUCUGUGUGUGUCUGUGUGUGUGUGUGUGUGUGUGUGUGUGUGUGUGUGUGUGUGUGUGUGUGUGUGUGUGUGUGUGUGUGUGUGUGUGUGUGUGUGUGUGUGUGCGCGAGUGUGUGACCCUAGUGUGUGUACUACCCCUAGAUAUAGUGUGUUACCAGUAAGUGAUUGUAGUGUGUGUACUACCCCUAGAUAUAGUGUGUUACCAGUAAGUGAUUGUAGUGUGUGUACUACCCCUAGAUAUAGUGUGUUACCAGUAAGUGAUUGUGAGUGUGUGUACUACCCCUACAGAGAGUUUGCCAAAGAGAGAGAGCGAGUAGAGAACCGUGCAGAGUUCCUCAAAUUGAGACGCCAGCAGCAAAUAGAGAGAGAGCUAAACGGAUAUCUAGAAUGGAUCUGUAAAGCAGGUCAGUAUACACACACAAUCACAUAUACACACACGCACGCACACACUUCCUUAACACAAACUGUAACACUGUUCUUAAAGAUAUUGCUUUUUAACUCUACACAAACUGAUGACUGACAUGAUGUGUUGUUGUUGUUGUUGUUGUUGUUGUUGUUGUUAACCAUGUGUUAUUGUGUUUCUACAGAGGAGGUCCUUCUGAACGAGGAUGGUACCAUUUUUACCGGUAAAGUUACUUCGGUCUCAUCAUAAGAGAGAGGGGGGUAGAGAGAGUGAGAGAAAGAGAGAGCAGGGAUCAGAGAGAAUGAGUGAGAGAGAGAAAAUGAGUGAGAGAGUGAGAGAGCGAGUGAAAGAGAAAUUAGUCAAAGAGAGAAAGACAGAAAGUGUAUGAGAGAAUCAUUUUGGUUGAGAGAAAGAAAAAUCUGUGAAAGAACCUAGAUUUCCAUCCAACUGGCGAUAGAUUUUCUCAAUUCUGCAACAACAACAAAAAAUUUGCAUUUUCCCUCCAGAGAUGUGUUUCCAUCAAAUUGACUUCGUGAUGAUGUAGUGCACAUAAAAUCCCUUUUGCCGUUAAAUUCCCAUGUACCGUAUAACAAAUACGUUAAAUGGGUUUCCAUUGCAUUUUCAACUCAACUGAUGGUUUGCUCACAAAACAAUGUGUGUUAUAUAGCGAGUGUGCCCACUGUGGCAUUGGAAAGUGCGCUCUAGCCUAGAGUGCACGUAGAGCCUACAUGAUGAGAUUAUUAUAAUGGACAAAAGAGCGAGAUUAUUUUUAUUUGUCAAACGGCAGCCAAGCAUCGAUUAUCAUGUCACCAGAAUAAGACCCUGGAUAUGUAUUGGAAAGGAGCAUCAAGCUCAUCGUCUUGCACUUUCACCUCAUAAUAAUGGCUGGAAUGGAGGAAAUGGAAUGGCAUCAAACACCUGGAAACCAUGUGUUUGAUGUAAUUGUUACCAUUCCACCGAUUCCGCUCCAGUCAUUACAACGAGCACCGACAUUUCUCGCAUAAUUUAUUUUUCUGACACUAAAAGAUCCCACCUUGUCUAGCGUAUUUUCUUUUGUCGACAUUUGGAAAGUUUGGCGAAGAAUGUUCUGUUUCCAUCAGGCCUGUCAUGACAUUUCUCUAUCCGAUAUGUACUUUACUCACAUUAAAAGGUUGGAUGGAAACCUGGUUUGUGAUACACAGAGAGAGAGAGAGAGAGAGAGAGAGAGAGAGAGAGAGAGAGAGAGAGAGAGAGAGAGAGAGAGAGAGAGAGAGAGAGAGAGAGAGAGACAGAGAGACAGAGAGACAGAGAGACAGAGAGAGAUUGUAACAUUCUAUCGUUCUACAUCCUCCAGGUACCGUCAAGACCAAGAACAAGAAAGAGCUGCUGAAUCCAGAGGAGGGAGAAGACGGUAGAGCGAAUGGUUUUUAUUACACAAUUAAUUAUAAUAUCAUAAUAAUAUAAUUAAGAAGCAUUACACUGUAAAACAGGGAUCUUCAACCUUUUCUUGCCCAGGCACCCUCCCAGGCAACCGGAGACCCAGGGACCCCCAUCAUAAGUUAGCAAAAAUAAAUGUAUAAUGUCUUUUCUUAUCAUCAGGUGAAUGAUAAUGGCAAGGAGAACUACUAAUAAUAAUUAGUAUAAAUAGAUUUGGUAGAUCUUUUCAAUAUUUUGACCUCCCCACGUUAUAAUUGGAGGAAGUGUAAACUAUAACAUAGGCUAUUAGCCAGAAAGGUAACUCCAAACACAUUUACGCCAAAAGCAGCUGUUUAGCUGGUUAAAUAAAGUUAGCCAUGUGUUGGCAAAAAUGUAUGUUCAAGUCAAGAAAGCUUACCAUCAGUCAGUGCACUGGUUACCUGUUCAUUAGAAAGAAGAUAUUCUACUCUUUUCCUACUGUAGGUACAGUGGAUUCGGAAAGUAUUCAGACCCCUUGACUUUUUCCACAUUUUGUUACGUUACAGCCUUAUUCUAAAAUGGAUUAAAUUGUUUUUUUUCCCCCUCAUCAAUCUACACACAAUACCCCAUAAUGACAAAGCAAAAACAGGGUUGUAGAAAUGUUUGCACAUUUAUAAAAAAUUUAAACUGAAAUAACACAUUUACAUAAGUAUUCAGACCCUUUACUUUGUUGAAGCACCUUUGGCAGCGAUUACAGCCUCGAUUCUUCUUGGGGAGUUUCUCCCAUUCUUCUCUGCAGAUCCUCUCAAGCUCUGUCAGGUUGGAUGGAUAGCGUCGCUGCACAGCUAUUUUCAGGUUUCUCCAGAGAUGUUUGAUCGGGUUCAAGUCCGGGGUCUGGCUGGGCCACUCAAGGACAUUCAGAGACUUGUCCCGAAGCCACUUCUGCGUUGUCUUGGGGGGGUUGUUGUCCUGUUGGAAGGUGAACCUUCGCCCCAGUCUGAGAUCCUGAGCGCUCUGGAGCAGGUUUUCAUCAAGGGUCUCUCAGUACUUUGCUCCGUUCAUCUUUCCCUCGAUCCUGAUUAGUCUCCCAGUCCCUGCCGCUGAAAAACAUCCCCACAGCAUGAUGCUGCCACCACCAUGCUUCACCGUAGGGAUGGUGCCAUGUUUCCUCCAGACGUGACACUUGGCAUUCAGGCCAAAGAGUUCAAUCUUGGUUUCAUCAGACCAGAGAAUCUUGUUUAUCAUGGUCUGAGAGUCUUUAGGUGUAUUUUGGCAAACUCCAAGCGGGCUGUCAUGUGCCUUUUACUGAGGAGUGGCUUCCGUCUGGCCACUCUACCAUAAAGGCCUGAUUGGUGGAGUGCUGCAGAGAUGGUUGUCCUUCUGGAAGGUUCUCACAUCUCCACAGAGGAACUCUGGAGCUCUGUCAGAGUGACAAUCAGGUUCUUGGUCACCUCCCUGACCAAGGCCCUUCUUCCACGAUUGCUCAGUUUGUCCGGGCGGCCAGCUCUAGGAAGUGUCUUGGUGUUUCAAAACUUUUUCCAUUUAAGAAUGAUGGAGGCCUUUGUGUUGUUGGGGACCUUCAAUGCUGCAGAAAUGUUUUGGUACCCUUCCCUAGAUCUGUGCCUCGACACAAUCCUGUCUCUGAGCUCUACGGACAAUUCCUUCGACCUCAUGUCUUGGUUUUUGCUCUGACAUGCACUGCCAACUGUGUGACUUUAUAUAGACAGAUGUGUGCCUUUCCAAAUCAUGUCCAAUUAAUUGAAUUUACCACAUGUGGACUUCAAUCAAGUUGUAGAAACAUCUCAAGGAUGAUCAAUGGAAACAGGAUGCACCUGAGCUCAAUAUUGAGUCUCAUAGCAAAGGGUCAGAAUACUUAUGUAAAUACAUAAGGUAUUUCUGGGUUUUAUAUUUAAUACAUUUGCAAUAAAUUCUAAAAACCUGUUUUUGCUUUGUCAUUAUGGGGUAUGAUAUCAUUUUUAAAAAAAAUCAAUUUUAGAAUAAGGCUGUAACGUAACAAAAUAUGUACUUUCCGAAUGCACUGUAUGUAAUUCACAAUUUGUUUAUUCUGUUGUUGCUAACGAUAUUCAUAAAAACAUUGAAAUAAUAAAAAUGUUAAAUCAAGGUGGCCCAACUCAAUAUGUUUUAGUAACUAGUUCCACAGGCUUUUUGAGUUUACUCAACAUUUUGUAGAAGUGUAAACUUUACAUUUUAAGUUGGCCAAAACCUUGUUCUAAAUCAACUAGACAAGUUGGCAAAAAUGUUGUUCCAACUUAAUUAAAAAAGUUGGGCUAAAGUUCAUUGAACUUAAAAUGAUAUAUUAAUGGCAGUGAGGCUGAAUUAUUUGAUACACUACAUAUUUAAAGUAUGGAAAAAAAACACAAGAAUGAUCAAACAACGUAAUACACAUUAAAAAUAAAUAUAAAGUGGUUCGUAAGUGCUACAUAUGACAAACAAAACCAAAAUUAAAAAGAACGGAUCUACCGCUUAUCAAAUGCUGCUUUCAAUGAAAAUGACAGAUCUAUAACUCUUCAUCAUCUUCUUCUAGGAGACCCAUUUGGCCAUGGUAGUCUACAGGAUGGGUCCAACUACAAUAGGAAGGAGCGGCGGAUACGGUUCUUCAUCCGUAAGAUGGUGAAGACUCAGGCCUUCUACUGGACAGUACUGUGUCUGGUGGGCCUCAACACCAUGUGCGUGGCUGUGGUACACUAUGAACAGCCUGAGAUCCUCUCCGACUUUCUCUGUGAGUAUAUGUAUCUGCACACACACAUGCAAACACACGCACAUGCAAACACACACACACACACACACACACACACACACACACACACACACACACACACACACACACACACUCUCCAUGAUCACACAUACCUCACCUCAACACAAUGUGCACUACGACCAGCUUGAGAUGCUGUCCACCUUCCUCUGUGAUUAUGCAUGGCUAGUGUCCAGUCUAAUUUCCAUAAGAUGUCUAGCUGAGGAAGUCUAUUAAUCAUGUAGAGUUAUCAUCACAGCAGUCUGCCGUCAUAGACUAGCUAGUGUCAUUAUUGAAUUCCACUCAUCUAACCUGAUUCUCUAUUUUCCUUCCUCCUUUUCUUUUUCUUUACAUCCUUUCCUAAUCCCCCCCUCGCCCUCCCCCCCUCUCCUCUCUCGUCUCUCUCUCUCUCUCUCUCUCCUCUCCUCAUCUCUCUCAUCUCUUCUCUCUCCUCUCUCUCUCUCCUCCGUUCUCUCUUUCCUCUCUCCUCUCUCUCUCCAUCUCUCUCUCCGGCUCACCGUCUCGUCUCUUCAGUCCUCUCUCCUCUCUCUCUUUCUCUCUUCUCUCCUCGCCCUCUCGUUCUCUUCUGCAGUCAUCUCUCUCGUUCUCUCUCAUCAUGGCUCUCUCUCCGUCAGUCUCCUCUCUCUCUCUCUCUCUCCCUCUUUCUCUCUCUGUCUCUCUCUCUCUCUCUCUCUCUCUCCAGUCUAUGCAGAGUUUAUAUUCCUGGGUCUGUUCAUGUCAGAGAUGUGUAUUAAGAUGUAUGGCCUGGGGACUAGGCCCUACUUCAACUCCUCCUUCAACCGCUUCGACUGUGUUGUGAGUAGAGCUGUUACUCCUGCUACUACUAUACUACUACUAUAUUACUAGUAUAUUACUAUAUUACUACUACUAUACUACUAUAUUACUAUUAUACUACUAUAAUACUACUAUAUUACUAUAUUACUACUACUAUACUACUAUAUUACUAUUAUACUACUAUAUUACUAUAUUACUACUACUAUACUACUAUAUUUAUACUAUACUACUAUUCUACUACUAUACUACUACUAUAUUACUAUAUUACUCCUAUACUACUAGUAUACUACUAUAUUACUACUAUGCUACUACUAUACUACUAUACUACUACUAUACCACCAGUAUACUACUACUAUAGCUUCUACUACUGUUUUUAAUGUGCAUCUGAUGCUGAAAUCAUUUCAUUGGCACUAGCUGAACUAUAUUACCCUGACUGUGAAGUGCCGAUACCGUUUUGUUUUUAUCAUUCAGAGCCAAUCAAUUCAAAUUGUGCGUGUGCAUGCGUCACUUUGUGUGUGUUCUAAUCAACAUGAAUGCAUAUGAUGUGUGUGUGUUAGGUGAUCGUGGGCAGUAUAUUUGAGGUGAUAUAUGCGGUCAUUAAGCCAGGGACAUCGUUCGGCAUCAGUGUGUUAAGAGCCCUCCGACUGCUCAGGAUCUUCAAAGUCACCAAGUGAGUCACACACACACACACACACACACACACACACAGUGAUUGUUUCAGUUUCAACACUGCUACAGGCUAGUUGCAUCAUCAGCCUUUCUCCUCCUUUCCUCUUUUCCUCUCUUCUUCUGACUCUGUUUCUAUUUUACAGUCGGCCAUCACUGCUGUCUGCCUUUCUCUCUUUUCCUCCCUCGCUUUCUUCUCUGACCUAGCCAGUUUGACAUAAUGGUGGUUUUCAUGUCUUUAUGGGUUUUUUAUGCCUGUCCAGUAACCUCUUCCUCUCUCUCCCCCCUCUUUCUCAUCCUCUCUCCUCAUCCCUCUCUCCCUCUCUCUCUCUCCCCCCUCUUUCUCAUCCUCUCUCCUCAUCCCUCUCUCCCUCUCUCUCUCUCCCCCCUCUUUCUCAUCCUCUCUCCUCAUCCCUCUCUCCCUCUCUCUCUCUCCCCCCUCUUUCUCAUCCUCUCUCCUCAUCCCUCUCUCCCUAGGUACUGGGCCCCUCUACGUAACUUGGUGGUAUCGUUACUCAACUCUAUGAAGUCCAUCAUCAGUUUGCUCUUCCUCCUCUUCCUCUUCAUUGUCGUCUUUGCCCUUUUGGGCAUGCAGCUCUUCGGUGGACAGUCAGUACACACACACACACACACACACACACACACAGGUUCACACGCACACUGGCAAACACACACACACAUAUAUAUAUAUGCUCACCCACACACAUACAUGCAGGAACGCAAGGGCUGUUACGUACACACCCACACACACACACAUACAUAUACACACACACACACAUACAUAGACAAUGGGAGGCAGGUAGCCGUUGGGCCAGUAACCCAAAGGUCGCUGGUUCGAAUCCCUGGGCCGACUAGGUGAAAAAUCUGUCAAUGUGCCCUUGAGCAAGGCACUUAACCCUAAUUGCUCCUGUAAGUUGCUCUGGAUAAAAGCGUCUGCUAAAUGAUUGAAAUGUAAAAUGUAAUACACACACACGCAUGCAUGAAUUGAUGAUGGACUUCAUGGCGUGGAGAGAGAGACUUGAGGAACUGUCAACUCACAAUGGACUUCCUUCUGUGUGGAUCUGUCCGGACGUAUCCAUGAUUUAUCAUCAUUUCUCGCACUCCUCUCUCUCUCUUCCUCCCUCUCUCUUCCUCCCUCUCUCUUUCUCCCUCCCAGAUUCAACUUUGAUGGUGGCACGCCGCCCACCAACUUUGACACCUUUCCUGCAGCUAUAAUGACAGUAUUUCAGGUUAGACAUUUAACCAUACUUUGGUGAUACAGGGCGUUUUCACAUAUGAAAUUCGGCUCCCUGGUUCGGUUUCCUGGUUCGGCUCCCUGGUUUGGCUCCCUGGUUCGGUUUCCUGGAGCGUUUGUGAGAAUUCUACAGAAUAUGUUUUGCUUUCACAAGACCUGAAAAUAACCGUUUCAGGGUGUGAUUAGAAAGAUGCACAUUCGACAUGACGUUAGCGAGCUAGCUUAUUUCCACCGGCAACAAUUCCACACGACUCGCGCUGCCUCAUCACAAUACCUGGUAGGUAGACUGGUCCUGCAUCUUAGACCCGCUACUCACUCAGGUCCAGGAUUCGCUACAGCCAGGUUUCACACAUGCCUACUAGAGCAGAUCGGGGUAUCGAACGCUCCAGGAUCGGGAUCACACAGGGGAAUGUGAAAGCAGCCAUACUGUAGGUUCUGUCUCAUACCAUACACCUGCCUAGCUCUCUCUGCUUUUGACACAGUAGUACAGCACAGUCUCCGUUUUCACAUCCUGGUACUAGAUUUGACUGAUUGAUUGACUGUUCUAGUCUCUGACUCAAAGGACUGUUUUCUUAUUGUAUUUUGUUCUCCUAUUGUGUUUCUUUGAAUAGCUUGAUUCACAUUGUGUGAACAUUGUGUGAACAUUGUGUGAACAUGCUUUGUGCGUUGAUUAUGUGUGUAGUAACAUCUUGUCUUUUACUCCCGUGAGUGUGUGCACACAUGCAAAUGGUUCAACACUAGUGUUUUACUGUGCUUUGUGUCAUAUGUAAACUGCACAGAAAUGACGUGUGUCAUGUAUGAUGACCCGUGUGUGAUGAGCUGUGUGUGUGUGCGUGUGUGUGUGUGUGUUCAGAUCCUGACGGGUGAAGACUGGAACAUGGUGAUGUAUGAUGGGAUAGAGUCUCAGGGAGGAGUGAACAGUGGAAUGGUCUUCUCCAUCUUCUUCAUAGUGCUCACACUCUUCGGCAACUGUAUCCUGAUGACCAUGGCUCUAUGCUGACACACACACACACACACACAAACACACACACACACACACAUAAACACACACACAAACACACACACACACACACACAGUUCUAUGCUGACACACACAUAAACGCACACAUACGCACACAUCCCGUGUAGCUCAGUUGGUAGAGCAUGGCGUUAGCAACGCCAGGGUUGUGGGUUUGUUUCCCACGGGGGGCCAGUAUGAAAAUGUAUGCACUCACUAACUGUAAGUCGCUCUGGAUAAGAGCGUCUGCUAAAUGACUAAAAUGUAAAAUGUAAUAUACACACACAGAGACACACAUAAAUGCGUAAACACACACACACACACACACGUAAAUGCAUACACAAACAGGACAAUUGAAGUCUCUCUAUGGUGUGUGUGUGUGUGUAAUGCGACACAAAAUAAACACACAUACAGACAUUAUAGAGGAACACUAACACAGAGAACCCAGAUACUCAUCAGAAUGUCAUGACUUUUGUCCCAAUGUUUCUGAGUUGGUCCUAUCAGUUCCUUAACCCCCUGCACUCAGACACCCUGCUGAAUGUGUUCUUAGCUAUCGCCGUGGAUAAUCUGGCCAAUGCUCAGGAGUUGACCAAGGUACUGGACCACAUUAUACCUUACUUUGCCUCACCUGGUUAUAACCUUGCUAGAACUGUACAUAACCUGGCUAUGACUGUAUGGGUGAAGUUACCCCUGAAUGCUGAUCUUGGGUCAGUUUUGCGUUUUCCCCACUAAUGGUUAAGGUUAGGAUUUGGGGAUGGCAAGCUGAUCCUAGAGCUGUCCUUACUUUACCUCACCUGGCUAUUACUGUACUAGGGUUGCAAAAAUCCGGUAACUUUCCCCAAAUUCCCAGGGUUUUCCAGGAUUCCUGGAUUUCCUGCUUAUGCCCUCCUAAUUCAAGGAACUUCCAACAAGGAUUUCUGGAAAACUAGGGAAUGUUGGGAAUUAUACUGUACUGUGUUACUUUUCUACUGAGCCUGCCUACUACCGACUGGACCAGGCUAUAGACCUUAUUCAGACGGCGGCCAUUGUUAAUUGACUAACGUUCUACACCCCACUAGCUGUCAAUGGGUAGAACAUAGAGACUAAAUAAGGUCUAUUUCAUAUGGGUAAUGCUCUUUCUCUCUCUCUCUCUCUCUCUCUCUCUCUCUCUCUCUCUCUCUCUCUCUCUCUCUCUCUCUCUCUCUCUCUCUCUCUCUCUCUCUCUCUCUCUCUCCAGGAUGAGGAGGAGCAAGAAGAGGCAGCUAAUGCCAAGACAACCCUGCAGAAGGCCAAGGAGGUGGCUGAAGUUAGUCCUCUGUCUGCCGCUAACCUGUCCAUCGCUGCGUGAGUAGAGUACACAUCUAUCUGCCUGCCUGUCUGUAUCUAUCUAUCUAUCUAUCUAUCUAUCUAUCUAUCUAUCUAUCUAUCUAUCUAUCUAUCUAUCUAUCUAUCUAUCUAUCUAUCUAUCUAUCUAUCUAUCUAUCUAUCUAUCUGUCUGUCUGUCUGUCUGUCUGUCUGUCUGUCUGUCUGUCUGUCUGUCUGUCUGUCUGUCUGUCUGUCUGUCUGUCUGUCUGUCUGUCUGUCUGUCUGUCUGCAUCUGUCUGUCUGUCUGUCUGGCUGUCUGGCUGUCUGGCUGUCUGUCUAUAUUAUAUCUAUGUGUCUGUAACUAGAUCUGUGGUUAUUUCAGUUGUGUCACUAAUGGGAAGCGAAUACACUGAUACACUGGAAACAGUUGCUACUGUACACACACACACAGUACAUCAGUACUCAGUCUAAUGUACACUCCAACACUCUACUCAAUCCGACCGACACACACUUCAAGACUCAAUCUGACGCACACUCCAUCUCCCACUCAACCUAAUUCUCCUUAGCCACUGACCUAGACUUCUUCAACUUUAAUCACGGUCAUCAUCAAAAUAGGUACAAGGUUAAAUACACUACAGUAGUUAUAAGAAGGAGGUUAAAUACACUAUACUAGUUAUGACAAGGAGGUUAAAUACACUAUACUAGUUAUGAGAAGGAGGUUAAAUACACUAGAGUAGUUAUGAGAAGGAGGUUAAAUACACUAUACUAGUUAUGAGGAGGUUAAAUACACUAUACUAGUUAUGAGGAGGUUAAAUACACUAUACUAGUUAUGAGGAGGUUAAAUACACUAUACUAGUUAUGAUGAGGUUAAAUACACUAUACUAGUUAUGAGGAGGUUAAAUACACUAUACUAGUUAUGACAAGGAGGUUAAAUACACUAUACUAGUUAUGAGGAGGUUAAAUACACUAUACUAGUUAUGACAAGGAGGUUAAAUACACUAUACUAGUUAUGAGGAGGUUAAAUACACUAUACUAGUUAUGAGGAGGUUAAAUACACUAUACUAGUUAUGAGGAGGUUAAAUACACUAUACUAGUUAUGAGGAGGUUAAAUACACUAUACUAGUUAUGACAAGGAGGUUAAAUACACUAUACUAGUUAUGAGGAGGUUAAAUACACUAUACUAGUUACGAGGAGGUUAAAUACACUAUACUAGUUAUGAGGAGGUUAAAUACACUAUACUAGUUAUGAGGAGGUUAAAUACACUAUACUAGUUAUCAGGAGGUUAAAUACACUAUACUAGUUAUGAGGAGGUUAAAUACACUAUACUAGUUAUGAGGAGGUUAAAUACACUAUACUAGUUAUGAGGAGGUUAAAUACACUAAACUAGUUAUGAGGAGGUUAAAUACACUAUACUAGUUAUGAGGAGGUUAAAUACACUAUACUAGUUAUGAGGAGGUUAAAUACACUAUACUAGUUAUGAGGAGGUUAAAUACACUAUACUAGUUAUGAGGAGGUUAAAUACACUAUACUAGUUAUGAGAAGGAGGUUAAAUACACUAUACUAGUUAUGAGGAGGUUAAAUACACUAUACUAGUUAUGAGGAGGUUAAAUACACUAUACUAGUUAUGAGAAAGAGGCAUGGUUAAAUAUACUAGUUCGAGCUUCGAGGAGUGGCAAGGUCUCCUUUAAAAAAAACUUACGAACUAUCAUCAAAUUUGACAGUGAGUGCGCUAAAACGUAAUUCCACCCUAAUUCCAUUGAGUCAAUGGAAACGGGCUAAGUGGCUACGCGGCGAUGCUAGCGGGCAAAUAUAGACUACAUCUAGAAGGAUGGCAUCUUCUUAUCAUCAAAGACAGUGACAGGAAAAUGAAAUAGUUUCUACUGAAAUUCUGUGGCCCUUUGAAAUGUUUGAUGUGCCCUUUUGUGUGUGUGUAUUGUGUGCGUGUGUGUGUCCCCCAUUGUCUGCUGUUUCUGCAAGGAGAAGCAGAUUUUACAUAAGCCCCUCCAGCCCUUUAUAUAAAGUCCUUACCCAGUACUCUGUGCCUCUCCUAGUGUUUUUCUACAAGGAGAACAAUAGGUUUAGUCAUGUCUUAGAGGACGUAGGGGAUGGAAGGAGGGGAGAGAGUGUGUGUACAUUUCCCUGCUAUAAAUUAACAAUACUGUAUGAAGAUACUGUUUAUCAAGACAUCAUGUUACAUAAUAUUACAGGCUGCAUUUACACAGGCAGCCCAAUUCUGAUCUUUUGACCAAUCAGAUCAGCUCUUUUGCCCAUAAUUGGGCAAAAUAUCAGAAUUGGGCUGCCAGUGUAAAUGCAGCCAAAGACACACACAUUCAAGGUGCCAUACAUCAGAUACUAAUGUCUUUGACUUUGUGGUGGUGAUUUAAACAGUGGCACAAACACAUGGCAUUACUCCACCAACUAACCUUCCUCCAAACACUCUCCCUCUUCCUUUUUCUCACACUGACACACACACAAGUCUUCUAAAUGUUGUCACGGUACCCGUAUCGCGAUACUACGAUACCUGAUUUUCCAUGGCAAAAAGGAAAACACAAAGCAGACUGAACUCUUUGGUCUUUUAAGAAACCUACUGUAUGUAAAAUAUAGUGUUCUAUAGCUUGGAAUGGAAACCUGUGACUUAGGGUGACCCCAUAAGGCUGUUUGUUUCCAACAUGAGGACUGUUUUCAGUCCUCUUCAUGUUUUGUUUUCUUGCGAUACUGGUAUCGUGACAACCCUAGUCUAAAGGUUGUUUUAACAUUGUGGGAAGGUUGUAGCAGCGUUGUUUUUAUACACGCCACCUACCUGUAACUAACCCUCCUCCAACCCCCCCCCCCCCCCCCCCCCUUCUCCCUACACUAACACACUAACUCACUCUUCUAAACGUUGUCUAAAGGUUGUCUGAAGGUUCUGUAAAUGUUGUGAGAAGGUUUGCCACAUCUUCUUACACUAACAGCCAGGACUUACUGACUCUUUCACUCUUCUAAACGUUGUGGGAACGUUGAAUAAACGUUGUAUACAGUAGAGGUGGUGGGAGGACAUUGUUUUUAUCCACUUCACCUUACUAACCCUAUUCCUAACACCCCUAUCUCUUAUUAGACUAACAACACUCUGAGCACACUCACUCUUCUCAAUGUUGUGGGAACGUUGUAUAAACGUUGUAUACAGUAGAGGUGGUGGGAGGACAUUGUUUUUAUCCACUUCACCUUACUAACCCUAUUCCUAACACCCCUAUCUCUUAUUAGACUAACAACACUCUGAGCACACUCACUCUUCUCAACGUUGUGGAAAGAAAAAAAAAGGAAAUGUUGUGAGAAGGUUGUAUAAAGGUUGUUUACGGCGGAGGUGGUGGGAAGAAGGUUGUGGCUGCGUUAUUUUUAUGUUGGUUGUGUCGCUCCCUUCCCUCCUUGUCUCCUCUUCAGAGUGACAGUAACAAAAACUGAGCGUAUCGAUGCCACAGAGAAUGUUCUCGACUGGUAUUUACUUGUUUAUCUCAUUUUACGCUUUACUUUUUUAUUUUUUACGUUUUUAUUUUAUCCUUUCCUCCAUCCAUCCUUUUCUGUUGUUGUUUUUCAUUUCUUUUUUUGUUUGUGUCGUUCUUUUGUCAGUGUAGUUAUUUCUGUCUGUGUUUCAUGAUUAGGGUUGUACAAUUCUAGAAACAUCCGGGGGGGGAAAAAAUCUUAAAAUCCUGUUGGAAUAUUCCAAUUGGGGUUUCUGGAAAACCUGGGAACUUUGGGAACGUUUUGGGAAUUUGCCAAUCCUAAUUCCUUAUCCUUGUUUUGAUGUUUGUUUGUUCACCUCUGGCUGGCUGUCAUUUUGUUAGUAGGUGUGAUAAGCUGGCUAGCUGGGGUUAGUAAGGGUUGUUGGGGUCAAUUCCAGUUUCAAUUCAGUAGAUUCAAAAGGAUGAAUUGAAAUGUCAUAUUUGAAUUGAAAACUGACCAUUCUUUUCUAUGAGGAUUUGCCAGUUCAUUCACCUCUAGAAUGGGCUGAAAUAUCAGAAUCGUUGGAGGUAAGAGGUGUUAAUGAGGUACUCGAGGGGAAGUACAGGAGGGGUCAUUUGGGAGGGGGCCGGGGGGUGGGGGGGAUGUGCAGUCGAAGAGGGGCUGGCGGCUGUAAAACAUUUCACCCCCCACCCUCUCAAAGUCCAUGGCUACGUCGUCUUCUUCCCUGUCUUUGUCUCGGAAUAAGGGAAUCGUUUGUAUACAUUCAAACAAACUGUUUGAGAUUUUGUUGAUAUAUUGUUGGUAAAAGAAUGUGGUUUAAAAAUUCAACUAACAAAAAUGUUUAUUCAACAAAAUCUUGUAAUACACAUUUUAUGUGUAAAAAAUACCUUCAUUUGAGGUAUCUGUCGAUGUUGUGGCACUUCCAUCAUAAUCAUCUUCACCACCAUCAUCAUCAUCAUCAUCAUCAUCGUAAUCAUCAUCAUCACAUCCACCUCUGCAGUGUAUUCCUAUGUGGGCUACAGGGACUUUUCUCACUGGCUGUCUAUCUGCUGUUGGGUCUAUGACAUCAUCGCUUAGGGUGGGCUGGGAUAAAAAAAAACGUCUAGUUAUCUCUUCUGGCAACAUUUACAACUGAUCGCUUUCUCUCUUUCUCUUUCUCUUAUCCCUCUCUUCCUCUCCUUAUCUUAUUUUCUUCUACACUUCCCCCUCUUUCUUUCUUUCUUUCUUUCUCCAUCCCCUAUCUCUCCCCACAGUAAGGAGCAGCAGAAGAAUAAUAAGCCUGGUGGUAAAUCAGUGUGGGAACAGAGGACCAGUGAGAUAAGGAGACAGAACCUGAUGACCAGCAGAGAGGCCCUGUACAACGAAAUGGACACGGAGGACUGGAAGGUCAGGGGAGAGGGGGAGGGAGAGGUGAGAGAUACAGAGGACUGGAAGGUCACGGGAGAGGGAGAGGGAGAGGUGAGAGACACUGAGGACUGGAAGGUCAGGGGAGAGGGAGGUGAGAGACACUGAGGACUGGAAGGUCAGGGGAGAGGGAGGUGAGAGACACUGAGGACUGGAAGGUCAGGGGAGAUGGAGGUGAGAGACACUGAGGACUGGAAGGUCAGGGGAGAGGGGGAGAGGUGAGAGACACUGAGGACUGGAAGGUCAGGGGAGAGGGAGGGGAGGUAGAGACACUGAGGACUGGAAGGUCAGGGGAGAGGGAGGUGAGAGACACUGAGGACUGGAAGGUCAGGGGAGAGGGAGGUGAGAGACACUGAAGGACUGGAAGGUCAGGGGAGAGGGAGGUGAGAGACACUGAGGACUGGAAGGUCAGGGGAGAGGGAGGGUGAGAGACACUGAGGACUGGAAGGUCAGGGGAGAGGGAGGUGUGAGAGACACUGAGGACUGGAAGGUCAGGGGAGAGGGAGGUGAGAUAACUGAGACAGGGAGAGGGGAGGUGAGAUACACUGAGGACUGGAAGGUCAGGGGGAGAGGGAGGUGAGAGACACUGAGGACUGGAAGGGCAGGGGAGAGGGAGGUGAGAGACACUGAGGACUGGAAGGUCAGGGGAGAGGGAGGUGAGAGACACUGAGGACUGGAAGGUCAGGGGAGAGGGAGGUGAGAGACACUGAGGACUGGAAGGUCAGGGGAGAGGGAGGUGAGAGACACUGAGGACUGGAAGGUCAGGGGAGAGGGAGGUGAGAGACACUGAGGACUGGAAGGUCAGGGGAGAGGGAGAGGUGAGAGACACUGAGGACUGGAAGGUCAGGGGAGAGGGAGGUGAGAGACACUGAGGACUGGAAGGUCAGGGGAGAGAGGGAGAGGUGAGAGAGGCAGUAAAACGGGGACACUUCGCAGUCCUUUAUUACUGUCUAGUUAUACACUACCAGUCAAAAGUUUGGACACACCUACUCAUUCAAGGGGUUUUCUUUAUUUUUAAAAAUUUUUUACAUUGUAGAAUAAUAGUGAAGACAUCAAAACGAUGAAAUAACGCAUAUGGAAUCAUGUAAUAACCAAACAAGUGUUAAACAAAUCAAAAUAUAUUUUAUAUUUGAGAUUUGUCGAAUAGCCACCCUUUCCCUUAAUGACAGCUUUGCACACUCUUGGUAUUCUCUCAACCAGCUUCACCUGGAAUGCUUUUCCAACAGUCUUGAAGGAGUUCCCACAUAUGCUGAGCACUUGUUAGCUGCUUUUCCUGACGGGGUAUUGUGGAGGCCAGGUCAUCUGACGUAGCACUCCAUGCUGGUUAAGUGUGCCUUGAAUAAAUCACAGACAGCAAAGCACCCCCACACCAUAACACCUCCUCCUCCAUGCUUUACGGUGGGAACUACACAUGCGAAGAUAAUCCGCUCACCCACACCGCGUCUCAAAAAGACACGGCGGUUGGAACCAAAAAUUGGACUCCAGACCAAAGGACACAUUUCCACCGGUCUAAUGUCCAUUGCUCGUGUUUCUUGGCCCAAGCAGGUGUCUUCUUCUUAUUGGUGUCCUUUAGUAGUGGUUUCUUUGCAGCAAUUCGACCAUGAAGGCCUGAUUCACACAGUCUCCUCUGAACAGUUGAUGUUGAGAUGUGUCUGUUACUUGAACUCUGUGAAGCAUUUAUUUGGGCUGCAAUUUCUGAGGCUGAGAAGUCUAAUGAACUUAUCCUCUGCAGAAGAGGUAACUCUGGGUCUUCCAUUCCUGUGGCAGUCCUCAUGAGAGCAUUAUAGCGCUUGAUGGUAUUGUGACUGCACUUGAAGAAACUUUCAAAGUUCUUGAAAUGUUCCAUAUUGAUUGACCUUCAUGUCUUAAAGUAAUGAUGGACUGUCAUUUCUCUUUGCUUAUUUGAGCUGUUCUUGACAUAAUAAGGACUUGGUCUUUUACCAAAGAGGGCUAUCUUCUGUAUACCACCUCUACUUUGUCACAACACAACUGAUUGGCUCAAACGCAUUAAGAAGGAAAUAAAUUCCACAAAUUAACUUUUAAGAAGGCACACCUGUUAAUUGAAAUGCAUUCCAGGUGACUACCUCAUGAAGCUGGUUGAGAGAAUGCCAAGAGUGUACACAGCUGUCAUAAAAGCAAGGGGUGGCUAUUUGAGAAAUCUCAAAUAUAAAAUAUUAUUUGAUUUGUUUAACACUUUUUUGGUUACUACAUGAUUCCGUAUGUGUUAUUUCCUAGUUUUGAUGUCUUCACUAUUAUUCUACAAUGUAGAAAAUAGUACAAAUAAAGAAAAACCCUUGAAUGAGUAGGUGUGUCCAAACUUUUGACUGGUACUGUACAUGUAAGUACAGUGUAACUUCAACAGUAACUGUAAUCCUACAGUGUAAAUGUAGUGUAAAAUUGUUGUUACAAUGUACUUUCCUGUACUGAAUGAUUACACAGUAAUAACGACACUGUAAUGUAAAAUGUUACCCAUAGAGCCUUUGAUAGACAUAUAUAUAUAUAUAUAUAUAUAUAUAUAUAUAUAUACAGUGGGGAGAACAAGUAUUUGAUACACUGCCGAUUUUGCAGGUUUUCCUACUUACAAAGCAUGUAGAGGUCUGUAAUUUUUAUCAUAGGUACACUUCUACUGUGAGAGAAGGAAUCUAAAACAAAAAUCCAGAAAAUCACAUUGUAUGAUUUUUAAGUAAUUAAUUUGCAUUUUAUUGCAUGACAUAAGUAUUUGAUCACCUACCAACCAGUAAGAAUUCCGGCUCUCACAGACCUGUUCGUUUUUCUUUAAGAAGCCCUCCUGUUCUCCACUCAUUACCUGUAUUAACUGCACCUGUUUGAACUCGUUACCUGUAUAAAAGACACCUGUCCACACACUCAAUCAAACAGACUCCAACCUCUCCACAAUGGCCAAGACCAGAGAGCUGUGUAAGGACAUCAGGGAUAAACUUGUAGACCUGCACAAGGCUGGGAUGGGCUACAGGACAAUAGGCAAGCAGCUUGGUGAGAAGGCAACAACUGUUGGCGCAAUUAUUAGAAAAUGGAAGAAGUUCAAGAUGACGGUCAAUAACCCUCGGUCUGGGGCUCCAUGCAAGAUCUCACCUCGUGGGGCAUCAAUGAUCAUGAGGAAGGUGAGGGAUCAGCCCAGAACUACAUGGCAGGACCUGGUCAAUGACCUGAAGAGAGCUGGGACCACAGUCUCAAGGAAAACCAUUAGUAACACACUACGCCGUCAUGGAUUAAAAUCCUGCAGCGCACGCAAGGUCCCCCUGCUCAAGCCAGCGCAUGUCCAGGCCCGUCUGAAGUUUGCCAAUGACCAUCUGGAUGAUCCAGAGGAGGAAUGGGAGAAGGUCAUGUGGUCUGAUGAGACAAAAAUAGAGCUUUUUGGUCUAAACUCCACUCGCCGUGUUGGAGGAAGAAGAAGGAUGAGUACAACCCCAAGAACACCAUCCCAACCGUGAAGCAUGGAGGUGGGAACAUAAUUCUUUGGGGAUGCUUUUCUGCAAAGGGGACAGGAUGACUGCACCGUAUUGAGGGGAGGAUGGAUGGGGCCAUGUAUUGCGAGAUCUUGGCCAACAACCUCCUUCCCUCAGUAAGAGCAUUGAAGAUGGGUCGUGGCUGGGUCUUUCAGCAUGACAACGACCCAAAACACACAGCCAGGGCAACUAAGGAGUGGCUCCGUAAGAAGCAUCUCAAGGUCCUGGAGUGGCCUAGCCAUUCUCCAGACCUGAACCCAAUAGAAAAUCUUUGGAGUGAGCUGAAAGUCCGUAUUGCCCAGCGACAGCCCCGAAACCUGAAGGAUCUGGAGAAGGUCUGUAUGGAGGAGUGGGCCAAAAUCCCUGCUGCAGUGUGUGCAAACCUGGUCAAGACCUACAGGAAAUGUAUGAUCUCUAAAAUAGCUAACAAAGGUUUCUGUACCAAAUAUUAUGUUCUGCUUCUCUGAUGUAUCAAAUACUUAUGUCAUGCAAUAAAAUGCAAAUUAAUUACUUAAAAAUCAUACAAUGUGAUUUUCUGGAUUUUUGUUUUAGAUUCCGUCUCUCACAGUUGAAGUGUACCUAUGAUAAAAAUUACAGACCUCUACAUGCUUUGUAAGUAGGAAAACCUGCAAAAUCGGCAGUGUAUCAAAUACUUGUUCUCCCCACUGUAUAUGUAUAUACAGUCCAAUCCUGGUAUAUAUGAUCCAUGACUUAUUGAUGCUGGGGACGUGUGUUUUCCCUGGUCAGGUCAUAUAUUUUGUCUAAAAAAUAUAUGACAUAUAUUUUAUUUUGUAUAUAUUUUAUAUGGCUUGGGACUGUGUGCUAAAGUGGAGAAUGCAUCAACAUUUACUUCUACAGUGAGGGAAAAAAGUAUUUGAUCCCCUGCUGAUUUUGUACGUUUGCCCACUGACAAAGACAUGAUCAGUCUAUAAUUUUAAUGGUAGGUUUAUUUGAACAGUGAGAGACAGAAUAACAACAACAAAAUCCAGAAAAACGUAUAUCAAAAAUGUUAUAAAUUGAUUUGCCUUUUAAUGAGGGAAAUAAGUAUUUGACCCCUCUGCAAAACAUGACUUAGUACUUGGUGGCAAAACCCUUGUUGGCAAUCACAGAGGUCAGACUUUUCUUGUAGUUGGUCACCAGGUUUGCACACAUCUCAGGAGGGAUUUUGUCCCACUCCUCUUUGCAGAUCUUCUCCAAGUCAUUAAGGUUUCGAGGCUCACAUUUGGCAACUCGAACCUUCAGCUCCCUCCACAGAUUUUCUAUGGGAUUAAGGUCUGGAGACUGGCUAAACCACUCCAGGACCUUAAUGUGCUUCUUCUUGAGCCACUCCUUUGUUGCCUUGGCCGUGUGUUUUGGGUCAUUGUCAUGCUGGAAUACCCAUCCACAACCCAUUUUCAAUGCCCUGGCUUCUUGGUGACUAUGGUCCCAGCUGCCUUGAGAUCAUUGACAAGAUCCUCCCGUGUAGUUCUGGGCUGAUUCCUCACCGUUCUCAUGAUCAUUGCAACUCCACGAGGUGAGAUCUUGCAUGGAGCCCCAGGCCGAGGGAGAUUGACAGUUAUUUUGUGUUUCUUCCAUUUGCGAAUAAUCGCACCAACUGUUGUCACCUUCUCACCAAGCUGCUUUGCGAUGGUCUUGUAGCCCAUUCCAGCCUUAUGUAGGUCUACAAUCUUGUCCCUGACAUCCUUGGAGAGAUCUUUGGUCUUGGCCAUGGCGGAGAGUUUGGAAUCUGAUUGAUUGAUUGCUUCUGUGGACAAGUGUCUUUUAUACAGGUAACAAGCUGAGAUUAGGAUCACUCCCUUUAAGAGUGUGCUCCUAAUCUCAGCUCAUUACCUGUAUAAAAGACACCUGGGAGCCAGAAAUCUUUCUGAUUGAGAGGGGGUCAAAUACUUAUUUCCCUCAUUAAAAUGCAAAUCAAUUUAUAAAAAAUUUUACUUGAGUUUUUCUGAAUUUUUGUUGUUGUUAUUCUGUCUCUCACUGUUCAAAUAAACCUACCAUUCAAAUUAUAGACUGAUCAUUUCUUUGUCAGUGGGCAAACGUACAAAAUCAGCAGGGGAUCAAAUACUUUUUUCCUUCACUGUAUAUAGCGCUUUUUGCAAUUACAUCACCAAGUGCUUAAUAGCAACCUGGGCCUAAAUAUCCAGAGCAAUCAAUAAUGUAAUCUAUCAGUACUGAAUUGAGACUGAUAAACUGCAAUAUAAUGUACUCCAAUGGAGUUUGCAAUCAUCAGGAGUCAACUAUAUAGUCGUUCGGCAAACUUGAGAUUCAUGGUUUAUAAUGGGCGCCAUGUUGGUGUCUAUAGUUUAUAAUGGGCGCCAUAUUGGUGCCUAUGGUUUAUAAUGGGCGCCAUGUUGGUGUCUAUAGUUUAUAAUGGGCGCCAUAUUGGUGCCUACGGUUUAUAAUGGGCGCCAUAUUGGUGCCUAUGGUUUAUAAUGGGCGCCAUAUUGGUGCCUACGGUUUAUAAUGGGCGCCAUAUUGGUGCAUAUGGUUUAUAAUGGGCACAAUAUGGGUGCCUAUGGUUGCAAAGGGAGGGUAUAUUACUGGAAUUAUUGUAACUUUCAAUGAUUUUAUGUAAUUUAUCACGAGAUAUCUAGUAUCCCUUUUGGGUACUUCAGAUUAUCGCGUGUCUGUAAUUAUCUCAGGCCCUCUGUGUGGCUUUAUCACAUGUAAAAUAUAUAAAAUAAUCAAAUAAGAUGAUUUGAAAAUAAAAAAUAGAAUUACAAAGCUGUAAAACAUUAUCCUAAAAAUAAAGAAUCAACUUAGUGAAUACCAUUGGUAUUUAAUAUGAGAGUUUCAGCAUAAAAUAUCCUUUAUAUAUUUUUUACACACUUUUAUUUAUUUUACUAUGUCAAUAUGUCAUUGUUGUAAAUGUUCUGCUGCCAAACUGGUGGCAGUUGUGAAAAAAGUCAACAGUUGGAAGAGUUGCAGAAUUAAUUGAAAAGAAUGCCAUUGUUGAUGCUUUUUUCAUUAACUAGGCUAUUUUCUCUUGAACCAUAUAGUCUAUCCACUAGAAACUCAUGGACAAUAUGUGAAUACAGUUUUUAUUAAAUGAUUCAAGUAUAAAUGACCAAAGUUACCAUAGAUUACCUGUUAAUUACCAAAAUUACAGAAGAUUCCGGUAACUUUGUGUCACGCGGGUCGAUGUCGUCUAAGUAAGACCAAGGCGCAGCGUGUCCAAGAAACAUGACUUUAAUAGAGUAAAGCACGUAAAUACAAAACAAAAGACGAUAGUGAAGUCCAACAGUGACAAUGACUGAACUUGGAACAAAAACCCACAACCCUCAUGAGAACACAAACAGUUUAAAUAUGGCUCCCAAUCAGAGAUAACGAGCCGACAGCUGACACUCGUUACCUCCGAUUGGGAGUCACACGACACCACAAAUAACUCACCAAAAACACAACCAAACGAAUACACCCUAUACAACAAAACCCCACAACAAAACCCCACAAAACAAAUACACCCUGGCUCAAAUACAAAAGUCCCGGAGCCAGAGUGUCACAGUACCCCCCCCCUAAAGGUGCGCACUCCGGGCGCACCAGCAUACAGUCUAGGGGAGGGUCUGGGUGGGCGUCUGUCCACGGUGGCGGUUCUGGCCCUGGUCGUGGUCCCCACCCCACCUUAGUCACCACCCGCUUCCCUAGCCUCCUCCACAUGACCACCCUCCAACUUACCCCACCUGGAUUUAGGGGCAGCACCGGGCUAAGGGACCGCACCUGGCUAAGGGGCAGCACCGGACUAAGGGACAGCAUCGGGCUAAGGGACAGCCCCGGACUCAAUGGUGGAUCCUGGCUGGCUGGCUCUGGCGGAUCCUGGCUGGACGGCUCUGGCGGAUCCUGGCUGGACGGCUCAUGGCUGGCUGAAAGAUCUGGCUGCUCAUGGCUGGCUGACGGAUCUGGCUGCUCAUGGCUGGCUGACGGAUCUGGCUGCUCAUGGCUGGCUGACGGAUCUGGCUGCUCAUGGCUGGCUGACGGAUCUGGCUGCUCAUGGCUGGCUGACGGAUCUGGCUGCUCAUGGCUGGCUGACGGAUCUGGCUGCUCAUGGCUGGCUGACGGAUCUGGCUGCUCAUGGCUGGCUGACGGAUCUGGCUGCUCAUGGCUGGCGGAAGGCUCUGGCUGAUCCUGUCUGGCGGAAGGCUCUGGCUGAUCCUGUCUGGCGGAAGGCUCUAGCGGCUCCGGUCUGGCGGACGGCUUUGAAGGCUCAUGGCAGACGGGCGGCUUUGCAGGCUCAGUACAGAUGGCCAGUUCAAGCGCCUUAGGGCAGACGGGCAGUUCAGGCCCCGUUGGGCAGACGGCAGACUCUGGCCGUCUGAGGCGCACCGUAGGCCUGGUGCGUGGUGCCGGAACUGGAGGUACCGGGCUGAGGACACGCAUCUCAGGGCUAGUGCGGGGAGAAGCAACAGGGCAUGCUGGACCCUGGGGACGCACAUAAGGCUUAGUGCGGAGAGCAGGAACAGGGCAUGCUGGACCCUGGGGAUGCACAUAAGGCCUAGUGCGGAGAGCAGCAACAGGACGCACAGGACUCGGGGGACACACAGGAGGCUUGGUGCGUGGUGUAGGCACUGGUGGGAAAAGGCUGGAGACACGCACCAUACAGCUAGUGCGUGGAGGAGACACAGGGCUCUGCAGACUUACAGGAAGCCUAGUGCGUGGUGUAGGCACUGGUGGUACUGGGCUGGAGCGGGGAGGUGGCGCCGGAAAUACCGGACCGUGCAGGCUUACUGGCUCCCUUGAGCACUGAGCCUGACCAACCUUACCUGGGUUGAUGCUCCCCGUCGCCCGACCAGUACGGGGAGGUGGAAUAACCCGCACCGGCCUAUGUGGGCGAACCGGGAACACCAUGCGUAAGGCUGGUGCCAUGUACGCCGGCCCGAGAAGACGCACUGGUAGCCGGAUGCGUUGGGCCGGCUUCAUGACAUUCGGCUCAACGCUCAAUCUAGCCCGGCCGAUACGUGGAGCUGGAAUGUGUCGAACCGGGCUAUGCCUGCGUACAGGAGACACCAUGCGCUCUACUGCGUAACACGGUGUCUGCCCGUACUCUCGCUCUCCACGGUAAGUCCAGGGAGUAGGCGCAGGUCUCCUACCUGACUUCGCCACACUCCCUUUUAGCCCCCCCCCAAGAAAUUUUUGGGUAGUACCCACGGGCUUCCAGCCUCGACUCCGUGCUGCCUCCUCAUACCACCUCCUCUCGGCUUUAGCUGCCUCCAGCUCUUCACGAGGGCGGCGAUACUCUCCCGGUUGUGCCCAAGGACCCUUUCCAGCCAGUAUCUCCUCCCAUGUCCAUGAAUCCUUUAUAGGCGUCCAUGAAUCCUGUUGCCGCUUGACACGCUGCUUGGUCCUUUUCUGGUGGGUUUUUCUGUCACGCGGGUCGAUGUCGUCUAAGUAAGACCAAGGCGCAGCGUGUCCAAGAAACAUGACUUUAAUAGAGUAAAGCACGUAAAUACAAAACAAAAGACGAUAGUGAAGUCCAACAGUGACAAUGACUGAACUUGGAACAAAAACCCACAACCCUCAUGAGAACACAAACAGUUUAAAUAUGGCUCCCAAUCAGAGAUAACGAGCCGACAGCUGACACUCGUUACCUCCGAUUGGGAGUCACACGACACCACAAAUAACUCACCCAAAACACAACCAAACGAAUACACCCUAUACAACAAAACCCCACAACAAAACCCCACAAAACAAAUACACCCUGGCUCAAAUACAAAAGUCCCGGAGCCAGAGUGUCACACUUUGGUAAAUUACCGGUAGCUUUGCAACCCUAUUGGUGCCAAAAAUGUCCCACUAAUUACAUCCAAAAAAUUGAAACUUUGCUCCCAAAAUGGCAGACUGUUUUCCAAACUCUGUAUAUCUCUGGCUCUAGGAGUAGGCCUCAGGAGAGGAGAGAGGGUUUGAGUUAGAAGAGAAUAAACAUACGGUUUUCUUUAUUUAUGGCAGAAUCUUAACUUGAGGUCCACACGUUAGGAUUCUGCCCUUGUUGUUGGCAUAUAUAAAGUCACUUAUUGAUCCAGCUUCAGAAGUUAACACCACUACCACCCUUAACCCCCUCCCUCCCCAGGUGUCGUACCCCCAUCGUGCGGGGGACAUGAAGACCCACCUGGACCGUCCGCUGGUGGUCAACCCCCAGGACAACCGCAACAACAACACCAACAAGACCCGGCCCGGAGAGCCCCCUCUAGACCCACAGGACACCCUGGGUCACCAGAGGGCUGAAGAAUACAUCCGACGCCAGGCCCGCUACCACCAGAGAAACAGGGGUGGAGAACCAGGGGGAGUUAGUGGCCCAGAGAGAGAGGCCCGUCUGGGGCACGGGGGGAGCAGAUUGUCCCUGCAGACGCUGGAGGGUAUUGAAGAAAGAAGGGAACAUGGAAGGAGAUGUAGGCAUACAGAAGGGAAGGAGAGGAGGAGUGUGUCACCGCAGAAUAGCGAGGGAGGAGUGGGGGAUGAGAAGAGGAGGCACAGGAGGGUUAGGAGGGAGGGGGAGGAGGGAGGGAGAAGGCAUAAGGGUAAGGGGACAGAGGGGGUAGUGGUAGGGGAAGGGGGUGAGGUAGAGGGGGAGGGGAGGAGGCCGAGGCGUCAUCGGCAUGGAGAGAGGAGCCGACAGCAUCGAGUUAGAAGGUGAGUGACAGAGGAUCUGUGUGUGUAUUUGUGUCUGUAUCUGUCAUUAUCAAACCUAAUGUUUCCUUUGGGGGUCAAAAGUAUAUCGAUUGCUAUUGAUUUGUCUAAGCCAGUAUCCUGUACUGUAUGUCAUUACAUGAACAGUAUAGUAACUGUGUUUUUCAAGAUGUCACUGAUAUUCUCUCUCUCUUUUCCUGCGCCUGCCUCCCCCAACCUCUACCCCCUCUUACUCCCCCUUCUCUCUCUCUCCCUCCCUCUCACACUCCCCCUCCCUCUCUCUCUCUCUCCAUCGCUCUUGCGUUCUCUCUCUCUUCCUCUCUUUCUCUCUUCCUCUCUUUCUCUCUUUCCCUCCCUCCCUACCUCCUACCCUAUCUCCCCCUCCCUCUCCAUCCCUCCCUCCUCCCUCCCUCUCCUGCCACCCCCCAUCCCUCCAUCAGAGACCACUACGGCAGUGGCCCCAACCUCUCCACCGCUCGGCCCAUCCUCAGACAGGACAGUCAGUACAGUGAAGACCUAGACAACCUCUUCAACAACAGCAAACUACACAGCAACACGCACACACACGACCACACACUCCACGCGCUGCCCCCGGACCACCCUGACCUUGUGAAUAACCUCCUGAACCGCAGUGUGACCGCAGAUACACGCCUCCAUAGUAUGGACAGUCUGAUUCUGACCAGUAUGGCCAAGCCGGCCCAUACGGUCGUGGAUAUGAUGCCUCCUGUCUAUCCAUAUCCCUCUACCAAUGCCAUCCUUCAAGGUGAGUGUGUGUGGGGGAAGGUGGGGUGGGUGUGUGUGUGAGUGAGUUCAUCUAUGUGUGGUGAAUGUGUGUAUUUUGGAUCAUUCUAUUACAUUGUCUCUCUCUCGACUCUCUUGAUCUCUCUCUCUCUCUCCUUUUUUCUCUCUCUUCAUCUCAGUGAACAAGAACGCUAACACAGACCAGAAAAAGAAGGAUGAGGAGAAGAAGGAGGAAGAGGAGGAUGAAGGGGGCGAUGAAGAUGGUCCCAAACCAAUGCCCCCGUUCAGCUCCUGUUUCAUACUGUCCACCACCAACCCGUGAGUGUGUGUGUGUGUGUGUGUGUAUAUCUGUGUGUGUGUGUGUGUGUGUUUGUAAGUGGGCGUUGUACACUAUAUAUACAAAAGUAUGUGGACACCCCUUCAAAUUAGUGGAUUUGUCUAUUUCAGCCACACAUUGACAGUAGAAUAGCCCAUACUGAAGAGCUCAGUGACUUUCAAUGUGGCACCGUCAUAGAAUGCCACCUUUCCAACAAGUCAGUUCGUCAAAUUUCUUCCCUGCUAGAGCUGCCCCGGUGAGCUACAAGUGCUGUUAUUGUGAAGUGGAAACGUCUAGGAGCAACAACGGCUCAGCCGCGAAGUGGUUGGCCACACAAGCUCACAGAACAGGACCGGCGAGUGCUGAAGCAAGCAGCGCGUAGUACUCGUCUGUCCUCGGUUGCAACACUCACUACCGAGUUCCAAACUGCCUCUGGAAGCAACGUCAGCACAAUAACUGCUUGUCGGGAGCUUCAUGAAAUGGGUUUCCAUGGCCGAGUAGCCGCACUCAAGCCUACGAUCACCAUGCGCAAUGCCAAGUGUCAGCUGGAGUGGUGUAAAGCUUGCCGCCAUUGGACUCUGGAGCAGUGGAAAUGCGUUCUCUGGAGUGAUGAAUCAUGCUUCACCAUCUGGCAGACAGACGAAUCUGGGUUUGGCGGAUGCCAGGAGAAUGCUACCUGCCCCAAUGCAAGUUUGGUGGAGGAGGAAUAAUGGUCUGGGGCUGUUUUUCAUGGUUCGGGCUAGGCCCCUUAGUUCCAGUGAAGGGAAAUCUUAACGCUAUAGCAUACAUUCUAGACGAUUCUGUGCUUCCAACUUUGUGGCAACAGUUUGGGGAAGGCCCUUUCCUGUUUCAGCAUGACAAUGACCUGUGCACAAAGCGAGGUCCAUACAGAAAUGGUUUGUCGAGCUCGGUGUGGAAGAACUUGACUGGCCUGCACAGAGCCCUGACCUCAACCCCAUCGAACAACUUUGGGAUGAAUUGGAACGCCGACUACGAGCCAGGCCAAAUCGCCCAACAUCAGUGCCCAACCUCACUAAUGCUCUUGUGGCUGAAUGGAAGCAAGUCCCCGCAGCAAUGUUCCAACAUCUAGUGGAAAGCCUUCCCAGAAGAGUGGAGGCUGUUAUAGCAGCAAAGUGGGAGACCAACUCCAUAUUAAUGCCCAUGAUUUUGGAAUGAGAUGUUAAACGAGCAGGUGUCCACAUACUUUUGGUCAUGUGGUGUAUGUGUGAUAGAGAGAAGUUAUGUUCCCUUCAGAAAACUGAAGGUGGGAGUACCAGUCCAAUCUAAACCACACAAAACAGAGCACAGACAAAGUUCCUGGAUGUGUAGUCCAUUUGGUCAAAUGUUGGAGCAUGCAAGGAGUCCCAUGAUUCUCAGGGAAAUAGGACACAGAGUAACAAGCUAGCUACACAAACUAUUGAAACAGUAUUCAUCACUUUUGUGGGUGUGUGUAUCGUGGGUGUAUGUUGCAGGUUCCGUAGGUGCUGCCACUACAUCCUGACUAGGAAGUACUUUGAGUUCAGUAUCCUGUCUGUCAUCGCUAUGAGCAGCAUCGCCCUGGCUGCAGAAGACCCUGUCUGGCCUGAGUCACCAAGCAACCAAGUGAGACAACAACACACGUCUGUCUGUCUGUCUGUCUCUUUCUGUCUGCCUCUGUCUGUCUGUGUCUGUCUCUCUCUGUCUGUCUCUGUCUGUCUCUCUGUCUGUCUCUGUCUCUCUCUGUCUCUGUCUGCCUGUCUCUGUCUGUCUUCUCUCUUUUGCUGUCUGUGUGAGUGUCUCUCUAUGUCUCUGUGUCUCUAUUCCUGUGGCUGUCUUUCUCUGUCCCAAUUGUCUGUCUGUCUGUCUGUCUGUUUGUCUGUCUGUCAGUUUGUCUGCCUCUCUCUUUCUUCCUCUAUUUAUUUCUAUAAUGUGUAUGUAUAGUGUACAGGCAUGUGACCUAUCUGUCUCUAUCUAUUUCUAUAAUGUGUAUGUAUAGUGUACAGGCAUGUGACCUAUCUGUCUCUAUCUAUUUCUAUCAUGUGUAUGUAUAGUGUACAGGCAUGUGACCUAUCUGUCUCUAUCUAUUUCUAUAAUGUGUAUGUAUAGUGUACAGGCAUUUGACCUCUCUUGGUACUGCUGUCAUUCUCAGGUCCUGAAAUACUUUGACUAUGUCUUCACGGGCGUCUUCACUUUUGAGAUGUUGAUCAAGGUAGUAUGCAGUGUGUGUGCUAAUGUGUGUUUUAGUGUCUGUAUAUGUGAGUGCCUGUGUAAGUGUGCUUGCGUUCAUGAGUGCCCUAUUGUGUGUGUGUGUGUGUGUGUGUGUGUGUGUGUGUGUGUGUGUGUGUGUGUGUGUGUGUGUGUGUGUGUGUGUGUGUGUGUGUGUGUGUGCUUAUGCGCAUGCUGCAUUACAUGGGUGUGCUUACGUGAGUGGGCUAGCGCCUGUGUGUGUGCAUGUGUGUGUGUACUAACCCCUCUUCUCUCCUCUGUCCCCAGAUGGUGGUGUUAGGCCUGUUCUUACAUCAGGGUUCAUACUUCAGGGACCUGUGGAACAUCCUGGACUUUAUAGUGGUUAGUGGUGCUCUGGUGGCCUUCGCCUUCACGUAAGUGUCCCCUGGAAACCUCCCCCUUCCCCCAACCCUCCCCCUCAGCUCUCUCUCUCCCCCCUCUUGACUCACACUCCUCUUUUCAUCACUCUGUCUUUCAGUCGUCUUUCACUCCUAGUGCAUUGUCUGGCCCUUACUGGCUUAACACUGUCUAUGUGUCUCUCCUUCCUGUAUUUCCUGAUCUCUGUCUUUCUCAUCCCUCCAUCUCUCCUUUCCUCUGUGCCUGUUGUCCUGUUUUCUGGCCUAACUGUCUAUGUUUGUCUCUUUCUUGUCAUUCAUUCCUUUUUCUUACUCUCUCAUGUUGAUUCUCUCUCUAUGAUUAGACACACAGCACAGGCACGCCUCUUUCCCUCGAAUAGAGAGAGAGAAAAUAAGAGAGACGAGAGAGCGAGAGACAGGAGCAGAGAGAGGAGAGAGAGAGAGAGAGAGAGAGAGGAUAGAGAGAGAGAAGAAGCAAGAGGAGAGGGGCUAUCUCUCUCUCUCUCUGCUCUCUUCUCGCCUCGCGCUCUUCUCUCUCUCUCUCUCUCUCUCUCUCUCUUCUCUCUCUCUCUCUCUCUCUCUCUCUCUGUCCCCAUCUCUCUCUCUCUCUCUCUCUACCCAUCUCUCUCUCCGUCCUAAGCGGCCUCUCCAUCUCUGUGUCUUUGUGUCUCAUCCACUCUCUCACUAUGAGACUCAACUUCUUAAUUCUGAAAAAUACUCUCAACUCUCUAGUCUACCUCUGCCUUUUCCAUGUCUUUCAUUCAUUAUUUCAUCACAUCUGCACAUUUCACUCUUUACACUCCUCUCAACAAGCCACAAGUCAGCCGGCCAUCUUACUAAUGAUUCCUCCAGUUUACCUUACACGACUCACUCCAACAUCCUACCUGCAACCUCUACCCAACACCCCUUCACCACCACCACCUUCCCAAACCUAGUCCUCAGUUGCCCACCCACCCAACUACUUGCAUCCAACCCCUGCCUCCCACCUCCCUCCCCAACCUAGCUCACAGCUGCAUCCCUAUCCAGACCCAGCCUUCCCCCCUCCAACCUCCCUUCCCCCAAAAACCUCCCAACUCCCUCAAACCCUCUACCCAAUCACCCAAACACCUAAUCCAUCCCCAAUCCUCCCCCAAACAACCCACCCCCCUACCCCAAACACCCUCCCCCAACCUUCUCCACAUCUCCCAGCCUAGCCUUCAACUGCACCCAAUCACCCAACCACCCUCUCCCUCCCACCUCCCUACCCUUCCCCCUGAGAGCACCCCCCCGUCCCCCGUCCCCCUUACGCUGUGUGAGGUUGAGGGUUCCCCAGGCACCUGGUAACCCUCUAGUGCCCAGGUCGUUCUGGUUCAGAGCUGCGAGGCACAUACCUUGCCCUGUUCUCCCAUUACACCUCACACACACACACACACACACACACCCUGUUACCGUUACACACCUGUUAAUGGUUACCGGUAAUCACUCCACUCAUCCACCGGAAGAGCAGGUAUUUUAAUAUUUAUUAUCAUCUGCACGGCCUGGGGGGGCCUGGGGGAGCCGAGGAAGGGAAGGAGGGAGGAGAGGGGUGAAUGUUUGGGGCAGGGCACUGAGGGUGGAAUGAUUUUAUAUCUUGAGAUAUUGUCCACAUAUCGACGGUUAUAUAUCGAUAUAUGUGCCUGAGUAUGAAUGUGAGAGAGAAUGGAGAAAGGAGAGAGAGUGAAAGAGAAUGAGUGUGUGAGAGAGAGAAAGGAUGAAAGAGAGUGUGUAUGUACGUCCUCCUCAGCUCCAAUGGCAUGCCUGCACUGGUACUCACAUGGACUACAUGGUGACAUCAUACAAACCUGGCUGUGAUGUGUUACGAUCAGGUGCUGACAGUGUUGAUGAUGUAACAAGAGGAAGAAGCUGAAUGUGUCCUUGUGACUUUCCCGGAAUGUCGGAAUGAGUUGUCACUAACAUUCUAUGAUGCAGAAUGUGACAGGUGUUUUGAUCAAGGUGCUACCCAUAGAAUUAGGAAUUAGAAUACUAGAAUGGACAUGAACAUUCUUAUGAUGGGAUAAAGGUCUGCCAUUUUGGUCAGGGCGUUGGUCAACCAUGGUUUGCCAGUGUUGUGAUAAGAUAUUGUGUAAAAUAAUGAAUUUGAAGAAUGUAUCAAAUCAAAUCAAAAUCAAAUUUGAUCUGCACUGUAUGAUUGUUAGCUAGCUAGCCAGCCAAUUUUAGUGGAAUGAUUCCAUUAAUCAAAUUAACUGCCCAAUAUGCCAACAUUCCAUUCAAACAAUGCAGUCAAUCCACAGCCAUACACUGGCUGAAAUCAGUUGUUGAUAUGACUUAGACAAGUUGUAAAUGCAACAAGUACUGAUAUUGUAUCAUAUAAUAGCACUCACAGCAUUCCAAGAAAACAAAAUGUAGACAUUUAUGGUCUGUUUACAUAUAUUUAAGAGGCUAUUUACAGAGGUGGAAAAAGUAACCAAUUGUCAUACUUGAGUAAAAGUAAAGAUACCUUAAUAGAAAAUGACUCAAAUAAAAGUGAAAGUCACCCAGUAAAAUACUACUUGAGUAAAAGUCUAAAGGAUUUGGUUUUAAAUAUACUUAAGUAUCAAAAGUAAAUGUAAUUGCUAAAAUAUACUUAAGUAUCAAAAGUAAAAGUAUAAAUAAUUUGUAAUUCCUUAUAUUAAAACCAGUUGAGCUGACAGCCGUUUUGCACAGUUUCGCUAUGGCUUUAGUCAUCAAUCUAGCAAGAGGGCAAUAUUUUAUUAAUGUAGUAGUGUGUCGUCUCCCCCCCCCCCCAGAAAGCUAUGAUCUAGUACACAAUAAAAGUAUAAUAAAACAUAUACAAAUAUGACAUUAUAAUACAUUAUGAUCAAAAUAAAUUAAAUUGUCAAUGAAUAAGCCUUUUCAUACUUUAUAAUAUGUCCACAUAUAGUUAUAAUCUGUUUUAGGAACAUCUACCCAAAAUAUUUCACCUUCUUUAUUACUUUACCAAACAUAUCAUGACAUUAGUGAUUGUCAAAAUCUAUAAAAUGUGUGAUUGUCUAAAUCAACAUUUGAGCCAUUUAAACAGGGGCGGAAGCGCUGUGUAAAGGACUCCAUUUUGUCAUUCUGAGCAUAUGCAAUGUGUCGGCCUCCGACGUAAAACAAAUGUUUGACUUCCACAAAUAUGACUUUUUUACUUACUUUAGGUUCAAGGAAGUGUGUAGGUCACAUUCUUCCUCGUAGAGCUAUAAAAGUAACGUUGCAGUGAAGUGGUCCUCUGUAGCUCAGCUGGUAGAGCACGGCGCUUGUAACGCCAGGGUAGUGGGUUCGAUCCCCGGGACCACCCAUACACAAAGAAAAUGUAUGCACGCAUGACUGUAAGUCGCUUUGGCAUAUUAUUAUAAAAUUAAGUGAUUGAUAUAAAUUGAUGUAAUGAUGCAGCCGACCACCAGAGGGAGGCAAAAACAAGUUUAUUCGACAGAGGACCUUUACAUGAAGGUCUGGAUUGCUGUCUUCUGACAUAAAAUGGUGGAAAAUCAAUAAAAUAAGUCAUCUAAACAUAUACAUAUUUUUUAAAGUAAUUCUAGUGCCCAAUUUCAGGGACUGUCAGCUUAAGAGGUUGCAAACCAGACGUCACAAUAUUCUAGAUUUUUUAAAUUACGGAUAGACAGAGGCACACUCCAACACUCAGACAUAAUUUACAAACUAAGCAUUUAUGUUUAGUGAGUCCGCCAGAUCAGAGGCAGUAGGGAUGACCAGGGAUGUUCUCUUGAUAAGUCUUGCUAAGUAUUCAAAAUGUAACUAGUAAUUUUGCGUGUCAGGGAAACUGUAUGGCAUAAAAAGUACAUUAUUUUAUUUAGGAAUGUAGUGAAGUUGUCGAAAAUAUAAAUAGUAAAGUAAAGUACAAAUACCCCAAAAAACUACUUAAGUAGUUCUUUAAAGUAUUUUUACUUAAGUAUUUUACAACACUGGCUAUUAAUACAGACAAUUGGUAUAAACCCUUAUAAACUGUCUUUAUAAUUAUAUGACAAUGUUUUAGUUUGACAAUCAUUAUAUUACACAAUUUCUGAUAUAUCACAUGCCUUACUUUUAUUUUCCCGCAUAAGUAAAAUCAGGAAUCUACUGCCAGUCAUUCCAAUUAGACUGGUUUGGAGUUCUCCCUGUCCAAUAUUGCUUCCGUUUUCACCCCAUUCUGGAACUUUGAGGGAUUAUGACAUGGCCCCUCUAGUAAUUUAAUUGGAUCUCUAUAGUGCUACCAAGGUGACCUUUUGUGUUUCUGGACAGCUGCAGGUUGCUAUGGUUACUAGAUUGUUCAUGUAGCAUGAAUGUGACAAUAACAAGGUCGCUAUGGUAACUUGAUUGAUGAUGUAGCAUGCAGUAAUUGUACAUGUGCAUUGAAAGAGUGUGACAAGUACAAAGCUAGGAGACCCCAAGGACUGAGGAAGGUGUACAUACAUGGGUGUAUAACAGUACAUAUAUACUGUUAUGUAUGAUGAGUAUGUUGGUGGAAGGGAUGGAUAGACAGUAUUUGGAACUGUCUAUAUUAAACCUUCUGGUAGUCCUCAAUGUGGCUGUUGCUAUGGGGACUGAUAGGUUUGUUGACUCUCUCUGCCAGUUUAAAAUCACUCCACUGGCCUACUGCACCCUCUCCAGCAUGACUUCCCCCUCCCCACUCCAAGAGGAUGCUUCCCUCCCUCCUUUCUCCCUCUUUCCUCCAUCCACCUUUCCUUGCUCUUAUCCUCCCCCACCUGUGAUAUUUCUCCUUACUCCCCCUUUUCUUCUCCCUGUCUUCCUUGCCUCCUUGGUGGCCUGUUCUCCUCUCCCCCACCCUUUCAACCCUCCUCCUCUCCAUCCUUUCCAGCCCGCUCCCUUCCUCCUCUCCUCCUCUCCUCCUCUUCCCUUCCUCCAUUUGCUCAGGGCUACCCUGAUGCUCAGGGUUAGGGCUCCACUUGUUUCUGUGGAGCCUUGAUUUGUUGAGUCUCACAUAGGGGAGCCAAGACUGUCGCGUUAAGGUUUUUGACUCAACAAAUCCACUUCUGGCACCGUCAUUGAAUGACACUGGACUGUCACAAUGAUCGAGAGCUGCAUGUUUACGAGUUACUUUGACUAUGCAUUUGCUCUCCGUGUGUGAGAGUGUGUGUGUUUGUAUGCGUGAGUGCGUACGUCAGUGUACGUAUGCAUGUGUGUGAAGAUGUAUCGUGUGUGUAUGUGUGUGUGUCUAUUUUUAUGGUUAUGGUAUGUAGAUGAACAGUAUCCACUGUUCUACAGUUUCUACAAUAUUUACUGUUCUCUCCCAAUGAGCAGAAAACUACCCCAAGAAUACAUUUGUUAGAUCCCACGCCUAAACUGCACUGUGUUGUACUGUAUUACAGUACGUCCGUGCCUUGCGGGGCCCAUUACAUUACAGUAGAUUUAAUGAGAUGAUUGUCUCAAUUAGAACAUGGCUAAUUGAUCGUUAUUAAGAGAUAAGAUCAGUUUUACUGUUAAAUUAAUACACAGAUAGAGAGAUAGAAGUUCUCUAGCCAUUACUGUGAAGAAAGGCUUCAGGGACUUUCCACCUGACUACUCCACCUAUUUAGAGAGAACCUAGUAAAAUAUUGUAUUUAGUUAUUUGACUAGGUCAAUUGUUGAGUAGGGUCGAUAAGUAUCGCUGUUAAAUUAAUACACAGAUAGAUAGAUAAAUAGAGGACCUAACCGAUUCCUCUAACCAUGAAUUAAUGGCUUUGAGGACCCAACAGGAGAGUAGGGCUGCAGUCCAAACACACCCCUUCAGCCCUCGCGCUAGCCACUUUCCCUCGGGAGAAUCAUCUUCGAAACCGGAUGCAGUUUGAUUGCCAUCUUAAGUGGUGGUCCAAUUCACAAACGUUGCCCACUCGGCCCUCAAUUUAGCUCGAGGGAGAGAUGUGAAGAAUUUUGAUCACUUGUAGGGUUGAUAUGAUCCACAAUUCAAUGCAAACUGUAGUUACGUGUCAAACUCUGGUGGCCGCAAAGUGUCAAAAUGAAUCAACAUGGCUGCAUUUUCGACGCUAGCUUGCGAAAAUAAAUAUAUAGAUUACAUUGAUUUUAAUGUUGGCAAAUUGUCUUAGUCUCGUAGUGAGGAGCCUAUAUAACGUAGCCAGCUUCAUAAACUAUUUUUUUUUAUUCUGAUUUUUUUUUCAAAUAAAUUACCAAACUAUAAAACUAGCUAGCCAGCUAUGGGUAACUGUAGCUAGAUACCUGACAGGUGUGCUAACUAGCUACGCUAGCUUGCUAGGUACAUUAAUAGCUUUAGGUUGGUUGUUUUUAAACUCAAUUUCAAGAUUUCCACCAAGGAUGUUGCCUCUCCGAUCAUCACUUUCCCUCACUUGGGCAAGGGACAUUUAAGGUACACUCAGAUGUGACAAUGUAAAACGUAAUUCAAGGGCUGAGGGUUUAGGGCCAAGGGCUGUCUACUUUGAGUUUGGACUGCAACCUAGGUAUAAUAUAAUAGUGUAGUUAGUAAGUGAGUAUAAGAAAUGAUAAUAGUAUAUAUAGUGCUAGUAAUAUUCAUAGUAGUAAGUAGCACUGUAUGUAGUAAUAGUAGUAAGUAGUACUACUAAUAAUGUAGUAAGUAAUGUAUAUAGCAAGUAAAUAGGUAAUAAUGCAUGUAGCAGGUUUAAGACUACGCCACCUUUUGUAACAGAACCUGGUUACAAUUGUUACCAUUGAGUCAUGUUUAGAUAGUCCCAGUAGUGCUUUCUAUGGAUAUGUAAUAAGAAAAAAGAAAGGUCUCCACUAUUAGUAGUAUUACAGUAAUCAAAAGAAAUAGGUCUGCACUAUUACCAAUAUUAAGGUAAUCAAAGCAAAUCAUUAAGUGUCAUUUUUUUGUGAACAGGUAUGUAAACAUUCCAUCUUCAACAUCACAGUUGUUGUUGUGGUUGCUGUUGUUGUUGUCAUAGCAACCAGAGUUGGUGGGAGGAGUGAGAGUGUUGGGGAGGGGGUUGGGGUUUAUAUCUAUCCAAAAGCACUCCAUCUUGCUUUCCUCUCCUAUUUUCUCUGUCCGUCUCUCAUAUGGGUGUUUUCUCCUUCUCCAAACCCCUUCCCCCUUUCCUGUCUCUAUCUGUGUUUUCUAUCUCUCUGUCUGUGUGUGUCUCUGUCUUUCUUCCUCUCUUUCUCCCUAUCCCUCCAUCUUAUGUUCUUUCUCUCUGUUGCUGUCACUGACCCUUUCUCGCUGUCGUUGCCUUGGUGAUUUCUACAGGAGCUUCACAAAGUAAAGUAAAGUUCUGUCUCUGUCUCUCUCACUGUCUCUCUCUCUCUCUCUUCAUCUCUCGGCUGUCUCUCUCUCUCUUUCUCUCUGUCCGGUCCAAAAUGGCUUCUCUCUCUUUCUUUCUUUGUUCCUCUAGUCGUUCCGCUCUCAUUCUCGCCGUUUCUCGUUACCUUCUCUUCCUCCAUUCACUGUUGUCACACCCACAUUUGGUCUGACUGUGGACCAUUCCGGAACCCCCCCACCCCCCAGGAACCAAUUGGAACACUCCAUGAUAUCCCCCUGAAGUGAUUCAAUGCAGUACAAAUCGGAUGCAUACUGUAUUGCUUAAUAUAGCUAAAGCAAGUGUCAAAAAUCUGAAAGAUGCAAUUCACCAAUGAACAUAGAUGCUAUCAUUGUAUUAAUAGGUGUCUACAGUAGGCUAUAUACUGUAGCUAAUUGCAACUUGCUAUCAUUGUAUCAGUGUCUAUUAUAUACUGUAGCUAAUGCUACAUGCUAUCAUUUGAUUGCUGUCUAUAUAUAGUAGCUAAUGCUUCUUGCUAAUGCUACUUACUAUCAUUGUAUAGGUCUAUAUACUAUAGCCUAUGCUAAUGCUAUUGUUAUAUACUGUAGCUGAUGCUCACACUAUUUUAUUGCAGCUAAUGUUAAUGCUAAUCGCAUAUACUGUAGCUAUUGCUGCAUGGUAAUGCUAUAUACAGUAGCUUAUGCUACAUGCUAAUCAAAUAUACAGUAGCUGAAGCUACAUGCUAAUGCUAUAUACAGUAGCUAACACUACAUGCUAAUGUUAUAUAUAGUAGCUAAUGCUAAAUGCUAUCAUUGUAUAGGUGUAUAUAAUACAGUUGCUAUAAAUGCAAAUUCUUAAUGCCUACCCAGAGAAUAUAUUUUCUUUAAUACUCUCAUACUGCUCUGAUAGAGAGGACUCUAGUCUAUUCAGUCUAUUCAGGAUCAGCAGAGUGAGGCAUAUUGAUUAUCGAAACACACACACACACACACACACACACACACACAGACACACAAACACACACAUCACUACAGUUGCCAAAGCCCAGACUCAAUCAAUCACCAAUGAAUUGAAUUGUCUUGAGACUUCAAGAGGGCAGACCUCUGCAGUUCAUAGUUAAAGGCUUGAAAACACACACACACACACACUCCGCUCCUGCUCCUUGGCAGUCCUCCAGCCGAUGGUCCUUGUCAUUCCACUUACAAUAAAGAUCAACUCCCAGAUAUGGUCCCCUUGACAUCAAGAUUUUUCUUUCCCUGAUAUUAUUUUAUAGGCAAUACAAAUCAUUGGAAACUACAGCCCCAUAUUGUUAUGAAUAAAAGGAAGUAGGGUCAUAAAAACACAGGAUGUCGUUUGUCGUUUACUACAACGGGCAGCAUCUGAAAUAGCACCCUAUUCCGUAUAUAGAGCCCUAGGCCUGGUCAAAAGGGGUGUGCUAUAUAGGGAAUAGGGUGACGCAGCCCUGAUGACAGACUAAAUAAUUCCUCCUAUUGGUUGAAUGAACUGUUCUGUGUUCUGUCUGUGGUGUCACAUCCUGUGACUGACAUUAGCAAUGUCAUAUGGCCACGUCCCAAUCGUCUCAGAUAGCAUCCUUUCCUCGUCUCCUUUCCUUCAAGUAACAUCACUUAUCUGAGGUGACAAUAAACUGGAAUGGUAUCCAGCCCUUUUAUAGACCUGCAGUAUAAGGAGAUAAGGAAAGGAAACCAUUCAACUCUGUCGGGACUCAGCCCAUAAUGUUAUCAAGCUCAUGGAUUAUAUAGUUAAUUAUAAUCCUGCCUUAUAAUAAUACUAUAACACCCUGACAUCCACUCACAUUCUCCUGGAUAAUGAAAUGUUGUGAAAAAGAAAGAAAGAGGUUUGGCUGGGCAUCCCGUCAGAAGAUGCCUGUUGAUAAUAUUUUUAUGGUUGAAACAUGCUUCUCAAGAGUCUACUGGCCAUGAAACCUACUGAUCAAACAACUGAUCACAUAUCGUUUCAUGUGACUCAUAUAAAAGGUUUCUUUUUUUCAGAAGAAGAGACUGAAAUGUGAGUGUCUCUGUACUAUGUUUUAACCUAAGACAAGUGUGCUAGCCUUGUUAACUGUUUACUAUCUCUGUAUGAGAGAUACAGUAUCCCAACCAGGACAGGAGCUUUUCCUUGACCAGGAAAAACUCCUGGCCCAACUCCACCCCCACCUCUCCCCCCAGUGCUGACGUUGUUGUGUUAUUCCCAUGCCGACCUGAAGGGGGACUGGCAAGGGGAAAGACAUCAGCACGAUCAAGUCUCUGAGAGUACUGAGGGUACUACGACCUCUCAAGACCAUCAAACGACUCCCCAAGCUAAAGGUACCGGUGUGUGUGUGUGUGUGUCGGUCGGGGGGUGGGGGGCAGGGUCGAGGGGGAGUGUGUGUGGGGGUGAUUUUGUGUGUGUGUGUGUGUGUGUAUAUCUUGUGAAAACCAUAUACAGUGGGGAGAACAAGUAUUUGAUACACUGCCGAUUUUGCAGGUUUUCCUACUUACAAAGCAUGUAGAUGUCUGUAAUUUUUAUCAUAGGUACACUUCAACUGUGAGAGACGGAAUCUAAAACAAAAAUCCAGAAAUCACAUUGUAUGAUUUUUAAGUAAUUAAUUUGGAUUUUAUUGCAUGACAUAAGUAUUUGAUCACCUACCAACCAGUAAGAAUUCCGGUUCUCACAGACCUGUUAGUUUUUCUUUAAGAAGCCCUCCUGUUCUCCACUCAUUACCUGUAUUAACUGCACCUGUUUGAAUUCGUUACCUGUAUAAAAGACACCUGUCCACACACUCAAUCAAACAGACUCCAACCUCUCCACAAUGGCCAAGACCAGAGAGCUGUGUAAGGACAUCAGGGAUAAAAUUGUAGACCUGCACAAGGCUGGGAUGGGCUACAGGACAAUAGGCAAGCAGCUUGGUGAGAAGGCAACAACUGUUGGCGCAAUUAUUAGAAAAUGGAAGAAGUUCAAGAUGACGGUCAAUCACCCUCGGUCUGGGGCUCCAUGCAAGAUCUCACCUCGUGGGGCAUCAAUGAUCAUGAGGAAGGUGAGGGAUCAGCCCAGAACUACACGGAAGGACCUGGUCAAUGACCUGAAGAGAGCUGGGACCACAGUCUCAAAGAAAACCAUUAGUAACACACUACGCCAUCAUGGAUUAAAAUCCUGCAGCGCACGCAAGGUCCCCCUGCUCAAGCCAGAGCAUGUCUGGCCCGUCUGAAGUUUGCCAAUGACCAUCUGGAUGAUCCAGAGGAGGAAUGGGAGAAGGUCAUGUGGUCUGAUGAGACAAAAAUAGAGCUUUUUGGUCUAAACUCCACUCGCCGUGUUUGGAGGAAGAAGAAGGAUGAGUACAACCCCAAGAACACCAUCCCAACCGUGAAGCAUGGAGGUGGAAACAUCAUUCUUUGGGGAUGCUUUUCUGCAAAGGGGACAGGAAAACUGCACCGUAUUGAGGGGAGGAUGGAUGGGGCCAUGUAUCGCGAGAUCUUGGCCAACAACCUCCUUCCCUCAGUAAGAGCAUUGAAGAUGGGUCGUGGCUGGGUCUUCCAGCAUGACAACGACCCGAAACACACAGCCAGGGCAACUAAGGAGUGGCUCCGUAAGAAGCAUCUCAAGGUCCUGGAGUGGCCUAGCCAGUCUCCAGACCUGAACCCAAUAGAAAAUCUUUGGAGGGAGCUGAAAGUCCGUAUUGUCCAGCGACAGCCUUGAAACCUGAAGGAUCUGGAGAAGGCCUGUAUGGAGGAGUGGGCCAAAAUCCCUGCUGCAGUGUGUGCAAACCUGGUCAAGACCUACAGGAAACGUAUGAUCUCUAUAAUUGCAAACAAAGGUUUCUGUACGAAAUAUUAAGUUCUGCUUUUCUGAUGUAUCAAAUACUUAUGUCAUGCAAUAAAAUGCAAAUUAAUUACUUAAAAAUCAUACAAUGUGAUUUUCUGAAUUUUUGUUUUAGAUUCAGUCUCUCACAGUUGAAGUGUACCUAUGAUAAAAAUUACAGACCUCUACAUGCUUUGUAAGUAGGAAAACCUGCAAAAUCGGCAGUGUAUCAAAGACUUGUUCUCCCCACUGUAGCAUCAGUCUAAAAGUGUGUGUCCCUGCAUGUCUGUAUAUGUGUAUGUGACAACUCAACAACUGUAUUUCUACAUGUAUGGUCUCUCUCUCUCUCUCUCUCUCUCUCUCACACUCUCUCUCUCUCUGUCUCUCUCUUUUUUUUAUUUAAUUUUUUUUUUAUUUCACCUUUAUUUAACCAGGUAAGCCAGUUGAGAACAGGUUCUCAUUUACAACUGCAACCUGGCCAAGAUAAAGCAAAGCAGUGCAAUAAAAACAACACAGAGUUACAUAUGGGGUAAAAAACAUAAAGUCAAAAAUACAACAGAAAAUAUAUAUACUGUGUGUGCAAAUGUAGCAAGUUAUGGAGGUAAGGCAAUAAAUAGGCUAUAGUGCAGAAUAAUUACAAUAGUAUUAACACUGGAAUGCUAGAUGUGCAAGAGAUUAUGUGCAAAUAGAGAUACUGGGGUGCAAAAGAGCAAAAUAAAUAACAAUAUAGGGAUGAGGUAGUAGGGUGGGCUAAUUUCAGAUGGGCUGUGUACAGGUGCAGUGAUCGGUAAGGUGCUCUGACAACUGAUGCUUAAAGUUAUUGAGGGAGAUAAGAGUCUCCAGCUUCAGAGAUUUUUUUAUCUCAUGUCUAUCUAUCUAUAUAUAUGUAUCUACAUAUAUCUCUAAAGUAUAUUAAUAUAUAUCUUGGGGGGAAUUAAAAAUUGUUUAGGGAGGGGGGAAAGGGGGGGGGAAGAGGGGAGAGGAGGAGGGCGGAGAGAGAGGGGGAGGGGGGAGGAAGAAGAAAAAGCGAGGGGAGAGGAGAGAGAGGGAGAAAAGAGGGGGAGCGAGGGGAAAAGGAGAGGAGAGGGGGGGAGAGAGAGAGCGAAAAGCGGGCGCGGGGGAAAAGAAAAGGGAAAAGAGAGGGUGAUGGAAUUUUUUUUAUGUUAAAUUUUGGUAAUUAGGGUUUUUAAUAAAAGUAAAACUAUAUUUUUGAAUAAAAAUGGGAAUUAUUAAAUAUAAUUUUAAUAAUUAUAUAUUUUCUAUCUUUGGGGUUUCUUUAUGUAUAUUGGGGGGUUUUUCUGUUUAUUUAAAAUUUUUGUAUUAUUUUUUUCUUUUUUAAAAAUUUUUUUUUUUUAUCUCUUUCUUCUUCUCUUUCUUCUGGUUCCUCUCUCCCCUCGUCUCUCUCUCUUUUCUCUCUCUGGUUUUCUCUGGUUUCUCUCUGUCUCUCUCUCUGUCCACCAGGCUGUGUUUGACUGUGUGGUGAACUCUCUGAAGAACGUCCUGAACAUCCUCAUCGUCUACAUGCUCUUCAUGUUUAUAUUUGCUGUGGUGGCUGUGCAGCUGUUCAAAGGCAGAUUCUUCUACUGCACUGACGAGUCCAAGGAGUUUGAGCGCGAUUGCAGGUCAGGAAUGCGCGAACACACACAUUACACACACACACAUACUGUAGCACAUGCAAAACACACACAAAUACACAGGAGAACACAUGCACACACACAUGCAACCAUAUUUCCUCUUCAUUAAACACACACAUGGAUUUAAAAGCUCAAGCACUUUUUAGUCCUUUCUCUUGUUCACUUUCUUUCUUUCUCUCUUUCUCUCUCUCUCUCUCUCUCGCUCUCUCUCUUUCUCUCUCUCUCUCUCUCUCUCUUUAUCUAUCUCUCUCUCUCUCUCUCUCUGUCUCUGUCUCUCUCACACACACAGACAUGCUGUCUGCUAACUCCUUGUGUUUCUGUGUGUAUCUCAGGGGAGAGUUUUUGGUGUACGAACGGCAUGAAGUAAAAGCUCAGAAGCGGGAGUGGAAGAAGUACGAUUUCCACUACGACAACGUGCCUUGGGCCCUGCUCACCCUCUUCACUGUGUCCACUGGAGAGGGCUGGCCGCAGUGAGUAACACACACCCCUUUUCUACACAUGGCUCAAUCUAUAUACUGUAUACCCUAAUCUCUGUCUCUCUCCCACAGGGUGUUAAAGCAUUCGGUUGAUGUGAUCUAUGAGAAUCAGGGUCCUCACUCUCUCUCUCUCUCUCUCAUAUGAAAUGACCGUACAUACUGUAUACCCUAAUCUCUGUCUCUCUCCCACAGGGUGUUAAAGCAUUCGGUAGAUGCGACCUAUGAGAACCAGGGUCCCAGUCCGGGGUACCGGAUGGAGAUGUCCAUCUUUUACGUGGUGUACUUCGUUGUCUUCCCCUUCUUCUUCGUCAACAUCUUUGUUGCUCUCAUCAUCAUCACCUUCCAAGAACAGGGGGAUAAGAUGAUGGAGGACUACAGUUUGGAAAAGAAUGAGGUGAGAGAGGGACAGAGGGAUGAGGGGAUGGAGAGAGAGCAGGGAGAGCAGGGAAAUGGAGGACUACAACCUGGGGGGGAAACGAGGUGGGAGGAGGGAGGGAGGGAGGGAGGGAGAGGGAGGGAGAAAGGGGGGAGGAAAGAGCAGAGGGAUGUAUGUAUAUUUGUAAAUAUGGGAGGAGUUGCGUACAGCAGAAGGCACAUUUCCGUCUGGUAUGGAUUAAUAAAGUAUUCUUCAUCUUCUCCUUCUUCUUCCUCAUCCUCUGUCGUCCUCCCAUCCAGAGAGGAUGUAUAGACUUUGCCAUAAACGCCAAGCCCCUGACCCGCCACAUGCCCAAGAACAAGCAGAGCUUCCAGUUCCGAAUGUGGUCGUUUGUGGUGUCCCCACCAUUCGAGUACAGCAUCAUGGGUCUGAUCGCACUCAAUACUAUAGUCCUCAUGAUGAAGGUAAGACUGGACGAUGUGUGUGUGUGUGAGAGGUGUGUGAGUGUGUGUCUGUCUGUGUCUGUGUGUGUGUGUGUCUGUGUGUAUGUGUUUGCAUCAUGGCUCUGAUCAUUAUGAAUACUACAGUCCAUGAUGAAGGUAAGAUCAUAUUGUCUUCUGACAGAUGGCGUCAUUCUAACGCAACACGUUACCAGGAGCCAUCUGUCUAGCAAAUUGUGGAACUCAUCCCUAAACAUUUUAGAUUGUGUUCAUCCACCUAACGCUAGUUCCUAUUUCCUGAAACCCUUCUAAUCUCAGGGUGAAAUUAACCACAAGGCCACUGAGCUGUGCUAGCAUGACUAAUGUGUUUUUCCUCCUGUGUGUGUGUGUGUGUGUGUGUGUGUGUGUGUGUGUGUGUGUGUGUGUGUGUGUGUGUGUGUCACUAAUGAUGACUAAUGUGUUAUUCCUCCUCUGUGUGUGUUUGUGUUCAGUAUAAUGGGGCGUCUGACACCUAUGAUAAAGUCCUGAAGAACAUUAACAUCGUCUUCACUACACUCUUCUUCAUGGAGUGUAUUCUCAAGAUCAUCGCCUUCGGGGUUUUGGUGAGGCUACCCACACACUCUCACACUCCCGCCUAUCUAGGGUGACCUGCUAUAUCUGCUUGAGCUUCUAUUCCCAUUCCUAUUAUUCAUUUAUAAGUCAUGUUAUUUUAGUGGACAGAACUGGAGCAUGUUUUCCUAGCUACUCUCUGAAAGUGACGCGAUUGGCUACUUCACCUCCUAGCCCCUGUCUCCAUGGUAACAAUAAUGUGAUUGGCUGGUGCAUAUUCCUUCCUGUCGCUGUCCUCCAUUAGGAGCAAUGUGAUUGGUUAUCACCCUGUCUCUCUGCACUGCUAUUGGUUUAUGUAUCUUGUUUUUCCCCCAUCAUCACGGUAACAAUAAUGUGAUUGGCUGGUGCGGAUUCAUUCCUGUCCCUGUCCGAUGUCGGAGAAAUGUGAUUGGUUACUUCUCUGUCUCUCUGCUCUCUGAUUGGCUAAAAUAUGUCUUCUCUUCCUGUGUCCUAACAGAAUUAUUUUAAAGACGCUUGGAACAUUUUUGAUUUUGUCUCCGUGCUCGGAAGCUUCACUGAUAUCCUAGUGACAGAAUUCUGGGUAAGUGCGUCUUGGAGCAUAGUACUAUAGGCCAUGUGUGUGGUAAGAAUUAGCAGUGGGAUGGGAAUUAGUAAGUACGUGGUGGUGUGUACAUGUGUCUAUCACAUACACACCUAACAUGUACAUGUCUACCACUGGUCUAUGAUAUAUUGAUAAGAUACUGGGUGUGUCACAAUACUCUCUCCUUUCUCCUGAAGUGUGCACUUGUUCACUUCCCUUCAUGGAUUUCAUUGGUGGACACUCCCUUGAACUUAUCCCUACACAAAUCUGAUGCUUUUAAAUUUGUGGGGAAUAGUGAGCUAGUGCUUCCCAGUAGGAGGAAGGAGAGGUUAUUGGGACACACCCACUGUCUUUACGAUAAGCUUCGGUACAGCUGAAAGAUGUUAUUUUGGUGGAUAGUAGGCCGUCUAUUGGAACACUCAAAUUGCCAUCCAACCCUGUGUUAUGUGUGUGUUGUUAUGUUGUCAGUCUUGCUUGUCUGUGUCUAUUCCCACAUGUUUGUGUUUGUGUUUGUAAUUGUGCUUAAUCCUGUGUUGUAUAUGAUAGAUGUUUCGCUGUGUGUAGUAGGAUGGCAGUGGUAAGAAUUCAUGAUGUAGUUUGUUAAGUGUUAUAUACACUUUAUUUCAGACUAUCCCCGUAGUCACAUUCUACAGUAUCUCAAUACAUACGUUUUGACCCUUAGCUAAACGCUUUAAAGCUGAAAUCCUUAACUGGUGGAAAUGCCACGUCCAUUUGCGAUAUUGCAACAUCAAAGAAGUUACUGCAAACAACCAACACUGUUCUUAUGUGCACAGAACAGCAGCAUAUGUACUGCAAAUUGUUUUACCUUGAUGCGUGACGCUUCCCCAGUGUCUUCCACCUUGCUACGUCAACAAAACAAAAACAAUUACAACAGCCGUGGGGCGGACAGUGGCACUGUUUCCUCCUACUGCGGAUUCCAUCACUAAAUGUGACCACAAGGACAGCCUCAAACAAAGCCACUCAAAUGGUGUUGUUGUUGACUGAUGUUUUGUAUGGAAGCAGAUUCAUGCCAAAAAAACAAAUACAAAAUGUGUUUUUGAGCAUGAAUGUGCUUCCAAAGUUCUACAGCCUUGUUGUAACUAUAGAAAUAUAAUAUUUCUAAAGAUUAUAUUUCUAUGGUUGUAACAAUGUUAUACCUAUGUUGUAACUAUGUUGUAACGACCUCCAUAAUGAUUCCUUUUCCUGUUCUAUCUUUUUACAUGCUUUCUUUAAAAACCAACCUCUCUGCUUUGUUGGCGUCCACGCCCCCACUACUACUUCCUACUUAUGAUAAAUCCAUCCAAUCGAAAUGCACUAUGAAUCCCCUCCCAUGUUGUCCCAUCCAAUCCAUGACGCUGACUGUGUGGUGUGCUGUUGUGUGAUGGUGUGCUGUUACCAUGCCCCCCAAAAAACACAAAAUCAUCACCAAACCACCACCAACUCCACUCACUGACACUCAUUGUAUCCAACCUCCUCCCUCCUCCUCCUUCCUUCCAUCCAUCCUUCUACAUCUACCUGCCACAUAUAGGAGGUUGGUUUGUAAUUUAUCUCUCAGACCUACUCGCAUCCCCAUUGGCCAAUGUGUGGCCCCGCCCUCCUCCUGACCUCCCUGACCCUUCACCCCCAACCUUCUGGGCUUAGCUGCUGACCUUUAAGCCCUGACCUCUGACCCAAGUGCAUGCACUUCUGAUUGGCAGUUGAAUCAUGUGUGUGCCUGAUGACUCUAGUGGGCUUCCUCUCAGCAACUGUUGAAAGAUACAGUCCUUCUGGCUCACUAUUGGCUAGUUAAUGGAUAAAGGGUUCUAGCCAAGCACACACACACACACACACACACACACAUAGAAUCACACAUAGACAUACACACACACACCUACACUCUUAGAAAGAAAGGUGCUAUCUGGAACCUAAAAGUGUUCUUCGGCUGUCCCCAUAGGAAAACCCUUUGAAGAACACUUUUUGGUUCCAGGUAGAACCUUUUUGGUUCCAGGUAGAAUCCUUUUGGGUUCCAUGUAGGCCCCAUUUCACAGAGGGUUCUACAUGGAACCCAAAAUUGUUCUACUUGCAACCAAAAAGGGUUCUACCUGGACCAAAAAAGGGUUCUCCUAUGGGGACAGCCGAAGAACCCUUUUGGAACCCUUUUUUCUAAGAGUGUAGAAAUACACACACAUACAUGAACACAAAUGCACAUGGAUUGGUUACUAUUACAUCCUUGCAUAGAUAUGGCACUCACACAUUUACCAUAGUAGUGCCUGAAGGAGGUAUGAAUGCUAGCCAAGGCUUUUGUUGUGCUUGACUAGAUAGAGGGAUACUCUACCACUGUUCUGCAUGCAGCUGUAGAAUCUUCCACAGACGCUCUGCCCUUGAGCCUCCUUCUAAACAGAAGGGAGUUGCCACAGUGUUGCCAUGCCAUUGCCUGCAUUGAAGCUGGAUCUGUCUGCAUGCUAGCUUCCUCUUCCUCAUCUUCCUCCUCCUCUUCCUCUCACUACUGCUUUGCUCGUCAACCUGUGCCACACAACAGUACUGUGCCUCGUCGCACAAGAGAUUCUGGGGCUGGGGUGAACAAUAGGUUGUGUCUUGGUAUCUUGAAAGGCAGGAAUGAAAUGUAUUAUUAUUAUUAUUAUUACUGUGAUGCCAGCUGUGCAGGUAGAUUAGAGAGAAAUACAUAAAUAUUUUAAAUACACACGCAAACCAAUAACAAUUUUAGAUUCUGGACGGGUUUCCCAGACACAUAUUAGGCCUAGUCCUGGAAUGAAAUGCACUUUCAAUGGAGAUUGUCUAAUCUCUGUCCCAGAAACCGGCCCUUUAAAUUUGAGACUCCCUUCAGUGUAUGUUCAGAAUGCUGAACACCUCAUGACCACUCUCAGCCAAUCACUUAGUGGCGAACCGUGACAGCUUCCUGUGUGUGUGUGCGGUUGACGAGUGCAGUGUGUGUGUGUGUGUGUGUGCGUUCUGUCUGUUUGAUGCCAAUACCUCCAUACCCUGUGGCCUGCUUGCCCCCCUGAGAUCAGUUGCAUUUGGUUUUUAUAAAACGUUCUACUUUUACCGGAUUGGAUGAUGAUGUUUUCGAUUUGAUUUUUCAUUAUGAUUUUUACUCCUCCUUUUGUUUUCUCUCUCUCUUCGUUCUCUCUCUUUUUUAACUCUCUUGUUGUUCCAAACUUGUUUGUUUUGCAUUGAGUGUUCUUGGCUUUCUAUCAAAUCGUGGGUUGUUGGGGGUUUUGGUAUGUUUGGAUUUAGGGAUUUUUGGGGGAAUAAUUUAACUUUUGACCCCCCCGGCGCCGGGGAACCGCCGCGCGCGAGCCGGGGAAAGCAGCGCCCGCGCCGGGGGAACCGGCGCGGCGCGCCGGGGGAACCGCCGCCCGCGCGGGGGAACCGCCGCGCCGCGCCGGGGGGGGAACAAGCCGAGCGGCGGGGGGAAACCGCCGCGCCCGCGCCGGGGGGGAACCGCUCGCGGCGCCGGGGGGGGGGGGGGAAAACCCCGGGCGCGCGCGGGGAACCGCGCGCCCGCGCCGGGGGAACCGCCGCCCCGCGCCCGGGGGGAAACCGCCGCGCGCGGCCGGGGAAACCGAGCGCGGGCGGGGGCACCGGGCCCCGCCCGCGCCGGGGGGGGAACCGCCGCGCCCCGGCAGGGGAACCGCGCGCCCGGCGGGGGAACCGGCGCGCGGCCGGGGGGGAACCGCGGGCGCGCGCGCCCGGGGAACCGCCGCCCCGCGCCGGGGGAAACCGCCGCCCCGCGCCGGGGAAAACCCGGGGCGCGCGCCGGGGGAAAAGACGCCCCGGCCGGGGGAAACCCCAGCGCGCGCGCCGGGGGGGAACAAAACCCCGCGCCCGCGCGGGGGGGGAACCGCGGGGCGGCGCGGGGAAACCGCGGGCGCGGCGGGGGGAAACCGCCGCCCGCGCCGGGGGGACCGCCCGCCCGCGCCGGAACCCCGACGCGGCAGGGAAACCGGGCGCGCCGGGGGGGAACCGCCGCGCCCGGCCGGGGGAACAGGGCGCGCGCCGGGGGAACCGCCCCGGCCCGGCCGGGAACCGGGGAACCGCCCCGGGGCGCGAGGGGGGAACCCCGCCGGGGGAACCGCUCGCCGCGCAGGGAAAACCCCGGCGCGGCGCCGGGUAAACCCCCGGUCGGGAAACCGCCGCGCCGGGGGAACGCCGCCGCGGCCCGGGGGUGGAAACCCCCCCCCCGGGGGAAAACGCGCCGCGCCGGGAACCACCGCGCCCGGGGGGGAACCGGGCUUUGGCCCGGGAACCGAGCGCCCGCGCCGGGGAAACCCCCCGCGAGCGGGGGAACCGCCGCGCCCGCCGGGGAACCGCCCCGCCCGCCGGGGGAAACCGCGCGAGCCGGGGGAACCCGCGCCACCGGGAACCGGGGGGCGGCCCGGGGGAAACCCCCCCCGCCCCGCCCGGUUGGGGAAACCCCCCCCCAAACCACCCCCCCGGAACUACCCCCUCCCCCCCGGGGAAACCCUCCCCCCGGCCCCACACCGGAACGCCCGCCCCCCAACCCCCCCCAAACCCCCCUCCCCGAACCCCCCGCCGGGGGAACCGCCGGGCCCGGGGAACGGGCCCCCGCCGGGGGAACCGCCGCGCGCGGGGAACGAGCGCGCGGCCGGGGGAACCGCCGGCCCGCGCGGGGGAACCGCGGCCCCGGGGAAACCGGCCCCCGCGCCGGGGAACCGCCCCCCCCGGGAACCGACUCCCCCCGGGAACCCCCGGCCCGCGGGUUUUAACCCGCGCCGCGCCGGUAACCGACCGCCGCCGGGAACCCCGCCGGCCGUGGGAACCCCCCCCGGGGAAACCCCGCCGCGGGAACCGCCCCGCCCUUUUUAACCUUCUCUCUCUCCUUUUUAUACCUCCUCUCCUCUCCUUUUUAACCUCCUCUCCUCUCUCCUUUUUAACCUCCUCUCCCUCUCCUUUUUAACCUCCUCUCCCUCUCCUUUUUAACCUCCUCUCUCUCCCUUUUUGACCUCUUCUCUUAUUGUUUUGGUUAGAUUUUGGCUUUUUGAAAGAGGAGUGAUAAUAAUUCAGUGAAACUAAUUGUGUCUUUCUCUCUCUCUCUCUUUCUCUCUCUCUCUUCUGAUCACACACCACACCACACCACACACACACGCACGCACACACACUCUUUCUCUCACUUUCUGUGGUCAAACACACUCUUUCUCUCUCACUCACACACAUCGUUGCUGUAGAAUAACUUCAUCAACCUGAGUUUCCUUCGACUGUUUCGAGCAGCUCGUCUCGUCAAGCUACUGAGACAAGGAGAGACUAUACGCAUCCUGCUCUGGACUUUCGUCCAGUCAUUUAAGGUAAACACCCACACACACACACACACACAUAAACACACACAAACACACACCCACACACACACAUAAACAAACACACACACAUAAACACACACAACCCCCUCCCCCCACACACACACAUGAACACAAAUGUUUUCUUUUUUUGGACAAAGUCUGAUAUGGGCAGUUAAGCUGUUUGUAGUCUUAACACUAAAAGUGUACUUCCCUGUGUGUCCACCGGUAGGCGCUGCCCUAUGUGUGCCUCCUCAUCGGCAUGCUGUUCUUUAUCUACGCCAUCAUUGGGAUGCAGGUGAGUACUGCUGACAUAGCCUCUGUAAUAAAAGCAUUUAUUCAGAAAAAUAUUUAUAUUGAUGGCAUUGAUGUCAAUAGCCAAUGAUUGAUGUCAGUGGUCAGAAUUCAGCCCUAAAUGAUCACUUCCUUUACCUCUUUGUGUGUGUAGUUGUUUGGGAAUCUGGCACUUGGCGAGGAGGAAAGCAGCGCCAUCAACGAACAUAACAACUUCAGGACUUUCAUCAUGGCACUCAUGUUACUAUUCAGGUGGUUUAUCCACUCUUUCUUUCUCUCUUUCUCUCUGCUUUCAUAUGCAAUAUCGAUAACUCUCUGUCUUUCUUUCUCUCUCUUUUUCCCUCACACUCUCUCUCUCUCUCUGUUUUCUAUUAUUCUCACGCUCUAUCUUCUCUCCCACAUUGACCCACAUGUUUUUGUUUGUUUUUGUCUGUGAGUAUGCGUCCGUACAUGUGUGUGUUUGUGUGCAUGCGUCCGUACGUGUGUGUGUGUGUGUGCAUGCGUCCAUCCGUGUGUGUCCUUUACCAGGAGUGCGACAGGUGAGGCGUGGCAUGACAUCAUGCUGUCGUGUCUGGGGGGUAAGAAGUGUGACCCAGACUCAGGGAACACAGAACCAGAGUGUGGCAGCACCUUCGCAUACACAUACUUCGUCUCCUUCAUCUUCUUCUGCUCUUUCCUGGUAAGAGGACUAAUCAUACCCCAUUUUUUUGUAUCUAGUAAUUGUUGUGUAGAUGCUGAAUCAGUUUUUGACUGUGUGUGUGUGUGUGUGUGUGUGUGUGGUUGUACGUGUGUGUGUGUGUGUGUGUGUGGUUGUACGUGUGUGUGUGUGUGUGUUUGUACGUGUACAUGCGUGUGUGCGUAGAUGCUGAAUCUGUUUGUGGCUGUCAUCAUGGAUAACUUUGAGUACCUAACCAGAGACUCAUCUAUACUGGGUCCUCAUCACCUGGACGAGUACGUCAGGAUAUGGGCCGAGUAUGACCCCGCUGCCUGGUGAGUCACACACACACACACACACACACACACACACACACACACACACACACACACACACACACACACACACAUAAACGUACACACAGGUGCACACAGACACACACACAGGGACACACACACACACACACACUGCUGUAGACAUUAUCACCGAUAUACAUGUGUACAGACUAUUCAUGUUUAAUCAUACGAACAAAAUGUUUUGUUCAUAUACACUUGACUAAUGUACUUACAAAUAGGCACAUACAGAUAUCCACUUAUGCCAAACUCAUAUACGUACACAGCAUCGUACACAUGAUUAACAUUGUUGACUGUACAGUAACUCUAGCUAACCCAUGCCUUUCUCUCCUAAUGAACUUGUCAUAGCUUCUCAUUCUAACCUUUGACCCUUAACUGAAAAGAGCAAACCUGACCCCAGUCAUGUGACCAGUCACGUGCCAGAGGAGAUUAUUUAAACUGAUAAUAAACCAUAGAGUUAGAUAGAGGGCUCUAGAUGGAUAUAACCUGUUUUAACAUUGCCAUCACAGACGCCGUAAUGGCACAGAUACAAAGAUGAGUCCUCUAUCUAACUCUAUGUAAUAAACUGAACAUACGGAGGUGGGAGUUUAGUGAUACUGAUGAUGAUGGAGUUAACAGGGAACAGGUGCUUCUGUACCUGACCAACUAACCAGCCGUCCCGUCUCUCGUCUUUCUUUCUGUCCUUUGUCGUCCUCUCUCUUUCUGUGUUGAUGUUGUGGUAUUAAUAUUAAUAUUAUAAGUGUUGAUAUUAUACCCUUAAAUCUAUGUACUGUGAACUCAGUGACUGCCCGGUUGUAACACUCCCUCAAUGUGAGUGUGUGUGUGUGUGUGUGCCUCUCUCCAAAUGUAACGUUUAAACAGAGCUAGAGAGAAGGGUAGAGAGAGGGGGAGAGAGAGAUGGGAAAGGUAAAAGAAGAUAAGUGCAGAGAGAGAGAGAGCAAGAGAGGAUUGUCUGCAUUAUGGUUCUUUAUAUCACUCAUUACUGCAUGGUAAACGUUUCUAUAGGGAACCGUUGGCAGCUUAUGGCAACACAAGCAAAAUACACACCCUGUAUUUUGAUACUGAGAAAUGCAUUGUCCAUUAGAAGGCAAUUAUCUCUCUUUUACUUUAAUAUAUAUCUGAAAAUGUAUAGAUAGCCAUACAGCUAUUACUAUAAUGUAGUUGGAGAAAAUAUAGACAGGGAAGAAAGAUUUCUUUCGAGUAGAAAAAUAUACAGUAUGUAGAAUCAUGUAUGUAGAUUAUAUGUAGAAUUAUAUGUAGGAAAAUAUAGAAAAAUGUACAAUUAUGUAUAUAGAUUAUAUGUGGAAUUAUAUGUAGAAAAAUAUAUGUAGAAUUAUGUAUGUAGAUUAUAUGUGGAAUUAUAUGUAGGAAAAUAUAGAAAAUUUAGAAUUAUCUAUGUAGAUUAUUUGUGGAAUUAUAUGUAGAAAACUAUAUAUUAGAAAGGUGGAAAAACUUUUGUGUGUACGCAUGUUAGACUGACUUAUACUUUGUAUCCUCUGUGUCUAAUCUGUCUAUAAACUUAAAACUGAAACUACUCCAUCACUGAUCGACAUAAAGUAAAACCUAUCCCCUCUCCCUCACCCUCAUCCUCCUCUCUCUCUCUCUCUCUCUCGGUGUAUCCCUUCUUCCUCUAACCUCCCUGUAUUCUUCUUGCAGCGGGCGCAUACAUUAUAAGGAUAUGUACAGUUUAUUGAGAGUAAUCUCCCCUCCUCUGGGCUUGGGCAAGAAAUGCCCUCAUAGGGUGGCCUGCAAGGUUUGGACCCAACUAUAACACAACGUUUACGCAACCUGCUCGUUCUAUCUCUCACUCAGAGACUUGGGAAUGAAUGUUACGCUCUAUCUCUCUCUUUUUCUUUUUGGAUUUUUGUUUAUCACUUCUUCUUCAUGAUCAUUUCUUAUUCGAUUUUGGUUUGGUUUGGUUAGUAGUAAUUCAUAGUCACCAUCUUGUUUUGGUUUUCUUAUUAAUAUUGGUAUGCAUUCUUGAUAUGAUAGAGGAGAAUGUUUGGGACAAUGCAGAACACACCACACCUGUUUUAGUAGCAACUGUCUGAAGCAUGAUGUUGUAGUGGUGCACUGCACUCGCUAUCUGUACUGUACUCACUAAACAAACAAAUUAUUCACUACUACAAACGAUUCACUACUCGCUAAAUUUUCAAUGAAUCAAUCCGGGUUGUUGGGGUCAAUUGCAUUUCAAUUCAGUCUGUUCAGGAAGUAAACAGAAAUUCCAAUUCCAGUUCCAUUUUUCCUCAAUGCGUUUCAGUGAGAAAUAUUACUUCCUAAAUUGACUGAAUUGAAAUAGAAUUGACCCCAACCCCGGAGUCAAUUCUGUAUCAACAAAACAAGACACAAGAAAAUCAAACCAUUGUGCUUUCUUGGUUUGUGCUUGCUGUCUAACUAACCAUGACCAUACCAUGGCACAACAGGGUUCUAGCACCGUGCAUUGUUCUUGAAUGGGGGGUGGGGGGGGGGGGGGGGUUCCAGAUGGUGGGAUGGGGGGUGGGUUUGGGAGGUGGUUGGGGGUAGGGUUGCAAUAUUUCGGACCUUUCCCAAAAUUCUCAGGUUUUCCAGAAUUCCUGGAUCUCUGCUUAUUCCGGGAAUCUUUCAACCAGGAUUUCUGAAAAACCUGGGAAUUUGGGUGGGGGGUGGGGGGGGGGGGGGGGGGGGUAAAAGGAACUGCAUUGACGUGACUUACCAUUUGUGACACUACCACCCCAGCAGCGGCGCUUUUCCUUGCCUGCUCCAAGCCUCACUGCACGUUCUAUAGGAGAGGAGACACAAACACACACACACCCUUUUACCUCCUUGCAUAGAACGCUGUUUUAUUAUAGUUACUUAUACUAAAACUACACCUCCCCCAUCCCCAUCUCUCCUCCUCCCUCUCUCCCCCUCUUCUCCCCCGAGAGAUCCAACCAGAGCUGAGUCUCUAUCUUUCUUAACCUCUCCUCUCUCUCCCCUCUCGUAACCACUCUUCCGAUGAAACAAUAACCUCUGUGUAUUUGUUUCCCUUUUAUUUGUUUGUUAUUCCUUUCUCCUUUCUCUCCCCCCCCCCCUCCUCCCCCCCAUGCACCUCUCGUUCGUCGUGUCUACCCAAACUUUCUUGGUUGUCCGUCCACGUUUGUUGUUGUUGGUGUGUGUGUGUGUGUGUGUGUGUGUGGGCCUACUACUACUACUACAGCGGCCGAAUCACUUACAAUGACAUGUAUCAGAUGCUCAGGCACAUGUGUCCACCACUAGGCCUGGGGAAGAGGUGCCCCGCCCGGGUCGCCUACAAGGUAGACCCCUUCCCCUCCCUCACCCCUCCCUUCCCCUUCUCCCCAUACUCGUGGGUCCCCCCCCCAUCCCCCCUCCUCACCCCUCGCCCCUCCCAACUCCCAAUCCUCAGCGCUGUCAUUAUUGUCUGU